AUGAACCAGUCCAGUCCGACACUAGCCUACUGUGCUGACCUGCUGGGGUUGGACCAGGAAGACCUGAGAGUCAGCCUCACCACCAGGGUCAUGCUCACCACAGCAGGAGGCACCAAAGGAACAGUUAUCAAGUAAGAAAACCUCUAAAUUAGAUUAGUAGGUAUUAUUGGUUUCUCGCAGUCAUAGACUGAAUUGUACACCAAUUUACAAUCAUAGAUCAUCAAAUUGUAAAAUCCUAAUUGAUUGUAAAUCUACUACUGCUGCACUUAGCAUCAUGCCCUUAUCUAACGGUCUAGGCCAGGGUCAACGUUGUGCUUUAGUGGUGAAGAAGACGCGCGCUGAAUUCCGAUUUUAUACCCUUUUCCCCCAUGAGUACACUUCACUCCCCUCAAGGGUUUCAAAGCAUUGAGGGCAUGGGCCAGAGGGAGUUUCAUAUCUUUCAGAAUUCAGUGCAGGACUCUGGUAUGGGGAGCUGAGACUUAAAGACUUGUGAAAAGAGGAAAGAUUACACUUUUCGUUGGCCAGCCGUAAAAAACCGUAUGCCCAUACAGUGACUGUGAGGGGUAAUGCUCUGUCUGUUGGCGUCUCCCCAUUUCAACUCUGAUUGCGAUGGACACAGUCAGUAAAGAGGCUAAUCUUAUAGGCUACAUCUAUACUGUUUAAUCAACUGUGGCACUGGCUGACAUUAAUAGUCCUGUUGGCAUUUAAACCCAUUUGUGCCAUGCUUAGCAGCCCUUAUUUAUAUAGAUGGAUUGCAUAAGAGGGAAAGGCUUAAAACCUAACUAAGACUGGUACAUUGUGGAUCUAGUCUUGAGUAUGCUAUAAAGCUGUUUAUGUGACGUAACCCAUACACACAAUUAAAUCCUCCAUUCAAGUGCAUGUGGAAUGAGCACUCAAUCAUUUCUCUUACUCAAUACUAAUCUCUGGCCAUUCACAAAUUACGAUUAAUUUUGAUUAAUUCUUAUACACUCAGGGCUCAACAAACCUAACGCAAUGGAAAAUCUAAGCGAUGGCGGUAGCGCUAUAGGUUCUGCUAAAUAUGCUGAAUGUGUUUUUGAACAGUAAUUGCAUGGCUUCAAUAUGGAAAUAUAUUUUUAACAUAGCAUUCACACUGAUAUAGAGCUGCUGUAAAAUGCAUUAUGUCUGAGCCAUAGACAUGCCAAACGUUGUCAAUAAGCAAGAUUAAAUUCACUAUUGAUAAGACCUAAAAAGACAGUGAAUGAUUCUAAUAAAAAGAAACAACUUGUUUUAAAUAGGCUUUGUCUAAAUGAUUACAGGCACCAUACUUGCGCCCUGUAGGCAUAUAAUAUUAGGCGUAGACUAUGUAGGGUUUUACACAUCCAAACUUUUGACAGGAGCUGGAAAAAGAGGCAAUAUAAAGAGAAGGAAGGAGGCUCCCAAAUAUAUAUAGCUGUAGCCUACCAUCACCGUUGAUGUAGCCAGUUUUUUAUUUAUUUAACCUUUAUGUAACUAGGCAAGUCAGUUAAGAACAAAUUCUUAUUUACAAUGAUGGCCUACACCGGCCAAACCCGGACGAUGCUGGGCCAAUUGUGCACUGCCCUAUGGGACUCCCAAUCACGGCCGGUUGUGAUACAGCCUGGAAUCGAACCUGGGGGUCUGUAGUGACGCCUCAAGCACUGAGAUGCAGUGCCUUAGACCGCUGCGCCACUCGGGAGCCCAGUGACUUUGCCACGAGAACUGUAAAAUUCGUGCGAUUUGACAGUUGGGUCCAACAGAGGAAAGUGGAAGAUGCAUAAAUGGAGAAACUAUAAGAAGUAUUUUCAAAUAACUUGAUGUUCCUUAACAUGCUCCCUACAGUCACUGACACAUUUCAUGCAAUGGGAAUCACACAUAAUGAGUCAAAAUGUUUCACAGAAGCUGGACAAAAAUCAUGUCCAAUAUAAAUAAGAAAUAGGAAAGUCUGAAUGUUUUGCUGCUCAAGAUAUUUUUAUAAAACAUUGGUGAUGUACAUAAGGCUACUGUGUGUGUGCCUCCGCUAGCAAAAUCAAUUCCACAACCAAUUGCGUUACUGCUAAGACCAGCUUUUGGUCGUUCUUAAAUAUCCCUAGUUGCGCUCAAUGAGAUUGGCAUAUUGACCAAUGUUAGUAAGGACACACCUCAAAUAUUUCCACUCCUCCCACCUCAGCGCAAGCUAGCUGAUGUUAGACAGGUAACGAACCUGGAGUAAAGGAUGGAAAAUGACAGUUUUUACAUGACGAAAUUGCAAACUAACGUGCAUUUGACAGUUGUCGGGUGUGCCUACAGACACCCGACAAGGCCCAAAUCCCCGUCAUUCGCGUGAGGAAGAGACGGAGAUAUCGUGGACGUAGGUCGGGGUGCCUUGUAAGGAUCCGACGGCGAGCGAGUAAACAGCCACUCCCAUCAAUCCUAUUAGCCAAUCUUCAAUCAUUGGAGAAUAAAUUGGAUGACCUAAGAUUACUGUUAUCCUACCAACGGGACAUUCAAAACUGUAAUAUCUUAUGUUUCACCGAGUCGUGGCUGAACGACGACAUGGACAACAUACAGCUAGCGGGCUAUACGCUACAUCGGCAGGAUAGAACGGCUGACUCCGGUAAGACAAGGGGUGGCAGUCUGUGUAUAUUUGUAAACAACAGCUGGUGCACUAAAUCAAAUAUUAAGGAAGUCUCAAGGUUUUGCUCGCCUGAGGUAGAGUAUCUUAUGAUAAGCUGUAGACCACACUAUUUACCAAGAGAGUUUUCAUCUAUAUUUUUCAUAGCUGUCUAUUUACCACCACAAACCAAUGCUGGCAUUAUGAUUGCACUGAAUGAGCUGUAUAAGGCCAUAAGUCAACAGGAAAACGCUCAUCCAGAUGCAGCGCUCCUAGUGGCCGGGGACUUUAAUGCAGGGAAACUUAAAUCCGUUCUACCUAAUUUCUACCAGCAUGUUAAAUGUGCAACCAGAGAAAAAAAACUCUAGACCACCUUUACUCCACACACAGAGACGCAUACAAAGCUCUCCCUCGCCCUCCAUUUGGCAAAUCUGACCAUAACUCUAUCCUCCUGAUUCCUGCUUAUAAGCAAAAACUAAAGCAGGAAGCACCAGUGACUCGGUUAAUAAAAAAGUGGUCAGAUGACGCAGAUGCUAAGCUACAGGACUGUUUUGCUAGCACAGACUGGAACAUGUUCCGGGAUUCUUCAGAUAGCACUGGCUUCAUCAAUAAGUGCAUCGAUGAUGUCGUCCCCACAGUGACCGUACAUACAUACCCCAACCAGAAGCCAUGGAUUACAGGAAACAUCCGCACUGAGCUAAAGGGUAGAGCUGCCGCUUUCAAGGAGCGGGACUCUAACCCGGACGCUUAUAAGAAAUCCCGCUAUGCCCUCCGACGAACCAUCAAACAGGCAAAGAGUCAAUACAGGACUAAGAUUGAAUCGUACUACACUGGCUCUGACGCUUGUCGGAUGUGGCAGGGCUUGAAAACUAUUACAGACUACAAAGGGAAGCACAGCCGCGAGCUGCCCAGUGACACAAGACUUCCAGACGAGCUAAACCACUUCUAUGCUCGCUUCGAGGCAAGCAACACUGAAGCAUGCAUGAGAGCACCAGCUGUUCCGGAUGACUACGUGAUCACGCUCGCCGUAGCCGAUGUGAGUAAGACUUUUAAGCAGGUCAACAUUCACAAGGCCGCAGGGCCAGACGGAGAACCAGGACGUGUACUCCGAGCAUGUGCUGACCAACUGACAAGUGUCUUCACUGACAUUUUCAACAUGUCCCUGACUGAGUCUGUAAUACCAACAUGUUUCAAGCAGACCACCAUAGUCCCCGUGCCCAAGGACUCUAAGAUAACCUGCCUAAAUGACUACCGACCUGUAGCACUGACGUCUGUAGCCAUGAAGUGCUUUGAAAGGCUGGUCAUGGCUCACAUCAACACCAUUAUCCCAGAAACCCUAGACCCACUCCAAUUUGCAUACCGCCCCAACAGAUCCAUAGAUGAUGCAAUCUCUAUUGCACUCCACACUGCCCAUUCCCACCUGGACAAGAGGAACACCUACGUGAGAAUGCUAUUCAUUGACUACAGCUCAGCAUUCAACACCAUAGUGCCCUCAAAGCUCAUCACUAAGCUAAGGAUCCUGGGACUAAACACCUCCCUCUGCAACUGGAUCCUGGACUUCCUGACGGGCCGCCCCUAGGUGGUAAGGGUAGGUAACAACACAUCUGCCACACUGAUCCUCAACACGGGGGCCCCUCAGGGGUGCAUGCUCAGUCCCCUCCUGUACUCCUUGUUCACCCAUGACUGCAUGGCCAAGCACGACUCCAACACCAUCAUUAAGUUUGCCGACGACACAACAGUGGUAGACCUGAUCACUGACAACGAUGAGACAGCCUAUAGGGGGGAGGUCAGAGACCUGGCCGUGUGGUGCCAGGAUAACAACCUCUCCCUCAACGUGACCAAGACAAAGGAGAUGAUUGUGGACUACAGGGAAAAAAAAGAGGACUGAGCGCGCCCCCAUUCUCAUCGACGGGGCUGUAGUGGAACAGGUUGAGAGCUUCAAGUUCCUUGGUGUCCACAUCACCAACGAACUAUCAUGGUCCAAACACACAAAGGCAGUCAUGCAGAGGGCACGACAAAGCCUAUUCCCCCUCAGGAGACUGAAAAGAUUCGGCUUGGGUCCUCAGAUCCUCAAAAAAUUCUACAGCUGCACCAUCGAGAGCAUCCUGACUGGUUGCAUCACUGCCUGGUAUGGCAACUGCUUGGCCUCCGACCGCAAGGCACUACAGAGGGUAGUGCGUACGGCCCAGUACAUCACUGGGGCCAAGCUUCCUGCCAUCCAGGACCUCUAUACCAGGCGGUGUCAGAGGAAGGCCCUCAAAAUUGUCAAAGACUCCAGCCACCCUAGUCAUAGACUGUUCUCUCUGCUACCGCACGGCAAGCGGUACCGGAGUGCCAAGUCUAGGUCCAAAAGACUUCUCAACAGUUUCUACCCCCAAGCCAUAAGACUCCUGAACAGCUAAUCAUGGCUACCCGGACUAUUUGCACUGCCCCCCCACCCCAUCCUUUUUACGCUGCUGCUACUCUGUUAAGGAUUUAUGCAUAGUCACUUUAACUCUACCCACAUGUACAUAUUACUUCAACUACCUCAACUAGCCGGUGCCCCCGCACAUUGACUCUGCACCGGUACCCCCCUGUAUACAGUGGGGAGAACAAGUAUUUGAUACACUGCCGAUUUUGCAGGUUUUCCUACUUACAAAGCAUGUAGACGUCUGUAAUUUUUAUCAUAGGUACACUUCAACUGUGAGAGACGGAAUCUAAAACAAAAAUCCAGAAAAUCACAUUGUAUGAUUUUUAAUUAAUUAAUUAGCAUUUUAUUGCAUGACAUAAGUAUUUGAUCACCUACCAACCAGUAAGAAUUCCGGCUCUCACAGACCUGUUAGUUUUUCUUUAAGAAGCCCUCCUGUUCUCCACUCAUUACCUGUAUUAACUGCACCUGUUUGAACUCGUUACCUGUAUAAAAGACACCUGUCCACACACUCAAUCAAACAGACUCCAACCUCUCCACAAUGGCCAAGACCAGAGAGCUGUGUAAGGACAUCAGGGAUAAAAUGGUAGACCUGCACAAGGCUGGGAUGGGCUACAGGACAAUAGGCAAGCAGCUUGGUGAGAAGGCAACAACUGUUGGCGCAAUUAUUAGAAAAUGGAAGAAGUUCAAGAUGACGGUUAAUCACCCUCGGUCUGGGGCUCCAUGCAAGAUCUCACCUCGUGGGGCAUCAAUGAUUAUGAGGAAGGUGAGGGAUCAGCCCAGAACUACACGGCAGGAACUGGUCAAUGACCUAAAGAGAGCUGGGACCACAGUCUCAAAGAAAACCAUCAGUAACACACUACGCCGUCAUGGAUUAAAAUCCUGCAGCACACGCAAGGUCCCCCUGCUCAAGCCAGCGCAUGUCCAGGCCCGUCUGAAGUUUGCCAAUGACCAUCUGGAUGAUCCAGAGGAGGAAUGGGAGAAGGUCAUGUGGUCUGAUGAGACAAAAAUAUAGCUUUUUGGUCUAAACUCCAUCCGCCGUGUUUGGAGGAAGAAGAAGGAUGAGUACAACCCCAAGAACACCAUCCCAACCAUGAAGCAUGGAGGUGGAAACUUUGGGGAUGCUUUUCUGCAAAGGGUACAGGACAACUGCACCGUAUUGAGGGGAGGAUGGAUAGGGCCAUGUAUCGCGAGAUCUUGGCCAACAACCUCCUUCCCUCAGUAAGAGCAUUGAAGAUGGGUCGUGGCUGGGUCUUCCAGCAUGACAACGACCCGAAACACACAGCCAGGGCAACUAAGGAGUGGCUCCGUAAGAAGCAUCUCAAGGUCCUGGAGUGGCCUAGCCAGUCUCCAGACCUGAACCCAAUAGAAAAUCUUUGGAGGGAGCUGAAAGUCCGUAUUGCCCAGCGACAGCCCCGAAACCUGAAGGAUCUGGAGAAGGUCUAUGGAGGAGUGGGCCAAAAUCCCUGCUGCAGUGUGUGCAAACCUGGUCAAGACCUACAGGAAACGUAUGAUCUCUGUAAUUGCAAACAAAGGUUUCUGUACCAAAUGUUAAGUUCUGCUUUUCUGAUGUAUCAAAUACUUAUUUCAUGCAAUAAAAUGCAAAUUAAUUACUUAGAAAUCAUAAAAUAUGAUUUUCUGGAUUUUUGUUUUAGAUUCCGUCUCUCACAGUUGAAGUGUACCUAUGAUAAAAAUUACAGACCUCUACAUGCUUUGUAAGUAGGAAAACCUGCAAAAUCGGCAGUGUAUCAAAUACUUGUUCUCCCCACUGUAUAUAUCCAGGCUCUGUCAUAGCCGGCCGCGACCAGGAGACCCAUGAGGCGGCGCACAAUUGGCCCAGCGUCGUCCAGGGUAGGGGAGGGAAUGGCCGGCAGGGAUGUAGCUCAGCUGGUAGAGCAUGGCGUUUGCAACGCCAGGUUUGUGGGUUCGAUUCCCACGGGCGGCCAGUAUGAAAAAAUAAAACAAUAAUGUAUGCACUCACUAACUGUAAGUCGCUCUGGAUAAGAGCGUCUGCUAAAUGACUAAAAUGUAAAUGUAAAUGUAUAUAACUGCCUUAAUUUUGCUGGACCCCAGGAAGAUAAUGGGGAUAAUAAAUACAAAUACCGAGCCAGCAAGGCAAGGUCAAAUAUCCCAAAUAGAGCUAGAUAAAGCCAGAAGAAUAAUAUACUUGUUGAUCACAGCUAUAGCCAUCAGUCUUGUGUUUUCAUGGUCAUCACUCAUUCACUGAUAAAUUUGUCAAGGUCCCAACACGAAAUAUUAAGUUCUGCUUUUCUGAUGUAUCAAAUACUUAUUUCAUGCAAUAAAAUGCAAAUUAAUUACUUAGAAAUCAUAAAAUAUGAUUUUCUGGAUUUUUGUUUUAGAUUCCGUCUCUCACAGUUGAAGUGUACCUAUGAUAAAAAUUACAGACCUCUACAUGCUUUGUAAGUAGGAAAACCUGCAAAAUCGGCAGUGUAUCAAAUACUUGUUCUCCCCACUGUAUAUAGCCUCCCUACUGUUAUUUUAUUUUACUUCUGCUCUUUUUGUCUUAACACUGUUGUAUUCGGCGCAUGUGGCCAAUAACAUUUGAUUUGAUUUGAAUUGAAUAGAGCUCACAGUGUUCCUAGAAGGCUGUUUCAAAGCAGAGGUCCUAAGAGGAAACAGUGAAUAUUUCAACAGGCCCAGAUGCAGCCUGGCCUCAGAGUCUUUUCUCACCAUGAAUAAUGCAGCUGUAUCUGAGGGUAGCCUGGAGCCUGGUGCCUGGUGCCUUGAAAGCAGCUGGAAAGGGGGGCUGGGCCAUGUCAUUAGGGGCCCAGACACUUGGCCUUAUCCUGGGGAGGUGUGGGGGUGUGUGACUGAGUGGCUGGUGUCUCUGGAUCUGAAGUGGAGUGGCUAAGGUCUAUGGGGAGACCCAUUUAAGAAGGCUGAUCGUGACUAGAUUAUUGAUUAGAAUAUGUUGAGGGGUGGGAAGUGAGCAGAAAUGGUUCCUAGGCCUGACUUCAACAGGUCAAAGGUUUGCUCUGAACCUGCUGCUUCAGCCCUAAGCCUGUCCAGAAGAGAAUGUUUACAUUUUGAAUAGUAUUCCAGUCCACCAUGUUAGAUACCAGCCAUGAGACUGGGUGCAGGAUGGGGGGUGCUACACCAUAGCUGAACUUGUUCAGUUCAGAAGAACUCCAGUUUUUUCAUAGUCAUCAACCACUUUGAAUAAUUGAAGCCAAAUGGUGUUGGAGAGUGCUAUGGUAAUGAUGGUGAGCCAGGUUUCAGCUAGUACAGUCACUUCUAAUGGUGUCUCUUUUGACCUGUGACCUCCUUGUCUUAGAAAAAAACCCACUUAUACCAUCCUGUAAAUACUAAUUAAGAAACAACUCCAACUUUCUUUGCACAUAAACCUGGAGUGAGAAAUGGCUGCAUUGAUUAAAAAGGUGUAUUUUUAUUAAGGAGUUGCCUUGUCACAGUUUUGGCCUCUCAGUGCCCCACUGUCUUUUCCCCCCAGGGUGCCUCUGAAGGUGGAACAGGCUAACAACGCCCGGGACGCCCUGGCCAAGGCCGUGUACAGCUGCCUCUUCGAUCACGUGGUCAGGAGGGUCAACCAGUGCUUCCCCUUCAGCACCACCUCCAACUUCAUUGGGGUGCUGGAUAUCGCUGGCUUCGGUAAGUAUGUAGUUCUAGAGCAGUGAGUUUCUCUGUCUGAUUGUUUCUCUGUGAGUCUGUCUUUCUAUCUAGCCAUCUAACCAUUCAUUUAUCUGCAUGGCCUCUUAUCUCUUCUCUUUCUAAAAACUUGACUAACUGACAUAAUUUGAUAUAUUGAGUACCAGUAACAGCCUGAAGAUGAGCAUUCUUCAUCCCCCCCCCCCCAGAGUAUUUUGAGCACAACAGCUUUGAGCAGUUCUGCAUCAACUACUGCAACGAGAAGCUGCAGCAGUUCUUCAAUGAGCGAAUACUGAAAGAGGUGAGUGAUUUGAGAGAGAGUUGUUGGGGGCGCGGAGGUGUGUUGCUAGUGUUCUUUAAGCUCUGGACUCCCACUGAAGACCCAGGAGGAUGUCGGUCAACAAGCUAAUAAUGUGUGACACGCAACACAUAGACACACACAGCCUGUGUGAUCUCUCCAUAGAAGAGUCACUCUUACAUUACAUUUAUUAGAAUGGUCAUAUUUUUGUCUGUGGAGAUGACAGGGUUUUUUCUUCUCUACUGGAGCCUCCUGUUUUAUUCAUUGAUUUGCAAAGGUCUCCAAUUACAAUCAAAAAUCGAAUUUUAAGGCAUUUUCACAGCGUUUGAACUAGAUCAAACAGAGAUAUUUGUGUUUGUUGGCCUGAAAUGAUCCAGAAAUAUAAAAAUGUUUUCAAGAAAUAAAAUGCAAUUUUCAGAAGGGGUUGUACUUGAUUCAGUAAGUAAUGAGUGUUGACAGAUCUACACUACCCCCAAUUCUAACCUUAAAAACACUGCUCAAAAAAAUAAAGGGAACACUAAAAUAACACAUCCUAGAUCUGAAUGAAUGAAAUAAUCUUAUUAAAUACUUUUUUCUUUACAUAGUUGAAUGUGCUGACAACAAAAUCACACAAAAAUUAUCAAUGGAAAUCAAAUGUAUCAACCCAUGGAGGUCUGGAUUUGGAGUCACCCUCAAGAUUAAAGUGGAAAACCACACUACAGGCUGAUCCAACUUUGAUGUAAUGUCAUUAAAACAAGUCAAAAUGAGGCUCAGUAGUGUGUGUGGCCUCCACGUGCCUGUAUGACCUCCCUACAACGCCUGGGCAUGCUCCUGAUGAGGUGGCGGAUGGUCUCCUGAGGGAUCUCCUCCCAGACCUGGACUAAAGCAUCCGCCAACUCCUGGACAGUCUGUGGUGCAACGUGGCGUCGGUGGAUGGAGCGAAACAUGAUGUCCCAGAUGUGCUCAAUUGUCAUGCUGGAGGAUGUUGCAGGCAGCAGAACGUUCUCCACGGCGUCUCCAGACACUGUCACGUCUGUCACAUGUGCUCAGUGUGAACCUGCUUUCAUCUGUGAAGAGCACAGGGCGCCAGUGGCGAAUUUGCCAAUCUUGGUGUUCUCUGGCAAAUGCCAAACGUCCUGCACGGUGUUGGGCUGUAAGCACAACCCCCACCUGUGGAUGUCGGGCCCUCAUACCACCCUCAUGGAGUCUGUUUCUGACCGUUUGAGCAGACACAUGCACAUUUGUGGCCUGCUGGAGGUCAUUUUGCAGGGCUCUGGCAGUGCUCCUCCUGCUCCUCCUUGCACAAAGGCGGAGGUAGCAGUCCUGCUGCUGGGUUGUUGCCCUCCUACGGCCUCCUCCACGUCUCCUGAUGUACUGGCCUGUCUCCUGGUAGGGCCUCCAUGCUCUGGACACUACGCUGACAGACACAGCAAACCUUCUUGCCACAGCUCGCAUUGAUGUGCCAUCCUGGAUGAGCUGCACUACCUGAGCCACUUGUGUGGAUUGUAGACUCCGUCUCAUGCUACCACUAGAGUGAAAGCACCGCCAGCAUUCAAAAGUGACCAAAACAUCAGCCAGGAAGCAUAGGAACUGAGAAGUGGUCUGUGGUCACCACCUGCAAAACCAGUCCUUUAUUGGGGGGUGUCUUGCUAAUUGCCUAUAAUUUCCACCUGUUGUCUAUUCCAUUUGCACAACAGCAUGUGAAAUGUAUUGUCAAUCAGUGUUGUUUCCUAAGUGGACAGUUUGAUUUCACAGAAGUGUGAUUGACUUGGAGUUACAUUGUGUUGUUUAAGUGUUCCCUUUAUUUUUUUUAGCAGUGUAUUAGGAGGAUUAAAAAAGAUCUUACCCAGCACCAGUGCUUAGGAGCAACAUCUUCCUACUUCAGUGUUGACUUGCCAUUCUUUCUGCAGGAGCAAGAGCUGUAUCAGAAGGAGGGACUGGGAGUCCGUGAAGUUCAUUAUGUCGACAACCAGGACUGCAUAGGUGGGUGCCACUGCCAAACCAUGUUCACCUUACUCCAUAGAGCCAUUUUUUGUUUACAAGCAGACAUCACGUUCGAGUGAUGGGACCUUGACAAAUUUAUCAGUGAAUGAGUGAUGACCAUGAAAACACAAGACUGAUGGCUAUAGCUGUGAUCAACAAGUAUAUUAUUCUUCUGGCUUUAUCUAGCUCUAUUUGGGAUAUUUGACCUUGCCUUGCUGGCUCGGUAUUUGUAUUUAUUAUCCCCAUUAUCUUCCUGGGGUCCAGCAAAAUUAAGGCAGUUAUAUACAUUUACAUUUACAUUUUAGUCAUUUAGCAGACGCUCUUAUCCAGAGCGACUUACAGUUAGUGAGUGCAUACAUUAUUUUUUCAUACUGGCCCCCCGUGGGAAUCGAACCCACAAACCUGGCGUUGCAAACGCCAUGCUCUACCAGCUGAGCUACAUCCCUGCCGGCCAUUCCCUCCCCUACCCUGGACGACGCUGGGCCAAUUGUGCGCCGCCUCAUGGGUCUCCUGGUCGCGGCCGGCUAUGACAGAGCCUGGAUAUAUACAGUGGGGAGAACAAGUAUUUGAUACACUGCCGAUUUUGCAGGUUUUCCUACUUACAAAGCAUGUAGAGGUCUGUAAUUUUUAUCAUAGGUACACUUCAACUGUGAGAGACGGAAUCUAAAACAAAAAUCCAGAAAAUGACAUUGUAUGAUUUCUAAGUAAUUAAUUUGCAUUUUAUUGCAUGACAUAAGUAUUUGAUCACCUACCAACCAGUAAGAAUUCCAGCUCUCACAGACCUGUUAAUUUUUCUUUAAGAAGCCCUCCUGUUCGCCACUCAUUACCUGUAUUAACUGCACCUGUUUGCACUCGUUACCUGUAUAAAAGACACCUGUCCACACACAAUCAAACAGACUCCAACCUCUCCACAAUGGCCAAGACCAGAGAGCUGUGUAAGGACAUCAGGGAUAAAAUUGUAGACCUGCACAAGGCUGGGAUGGGCUACAGGACAAUAGGCAAGCAGCUUGGUGAGAAGGCAACAACUGUUGGCGCAAUUAUUAGAAAAUGGAAGAAGUUCAAGAUGAGGGUCAAUCACCCUCGGUCUGGGGCUCCAUGCAAGAUCUCACCUCGUGGGGCAUCAAUGAUCAUGAGGAAGGUGAGGGAUCAGCCCAGAACUACACGGCAGGACCUGGUCAAUGACCUGAAGAGAGCUGGGACCACAGUCUCAAAGAAAACCAUUAGUAACACACUACGCCGUCAUGGAUUAAAAUCCUGCAGCGCACACAAGGUCCCCCUGCUCAAGCCAGCGCAUGUCCAGGCCUGUCUGAAGUUUGCCAAUGACCAUCUGGAUGAUCCAGAGGAGGAAUGGGAGAAGGUCAUGUGGUCUGAUGAGACAAAAAUAGAGCUUUUUGGUCUAAACUCCACUCGCCGUGUUUGGAGGAAGAAGAAGGAUGAGUACAACCCCAAGAACACCAUCCCAACCGUGAAGCAUGGAGGUGGAAACAUCAUUCUUUGGGGAUGCUUUUCUGCAAAGGGGACAGGACGACUGCACCGUAUUGAGGGGAGGAUGGAUGGGGCCAUGUAUCGCGAGAUCUUGGCCAACAACCUCCUUCCCUCAGUAAGAGCAUUGAAGAUGGGUCGUGGCUGGGUCUUCCAGCAUGACAACGACCCGAAACACACAGUCAGGGCAACUAAGGAGUGGCUCUGUAAGAAGCAUCUCAAGGUCCUGGAGUAGCCCAGCCAGUCUCCAGACCUGAACCCAAUAGAACAUCUUUGGAGGGAGCUGAAAGUCCGUAUUGCCCAGCGACAGCCCCGAAACCUGAAGGAUCUGGAGAAGGUCUGUAUGGAGGAGUGGGCCAAAAUCUGCAGUGUGUGCAAACCUGGUCAAGACCUACAGGAAACAUAUGAUAUCUGUAAUUGCAAACAAAGGUUUCUGUACCAAAUAUUAAGUUCUGCUUUUCUGAUGUAUCAAAUACUUAUGUCAUGCAAUAAAAUGCAAAUUAAUUACUUAAAAAUCAUACAAUGUGAUUUUCUGGAUUUCUGUUUUAGAUUCCGUCUCUCACAGUUGAAGUGUACCUAUGAUAAAAAUUACAGACCUCUACAUGCUUUGUAAGUAGGAAAACCUGCAAAAUCGGCUAUGUAUCAAAUACCUGUUCUCCCCACUGUAUACAUUACAUUACAUUUCACAACAGAUUUCAUUUCGGAUUACAUUUCAAAACAGAUUUAAUUUCAGAUUACAUUUCACAACAGAUUUCACAACCAUUAAGUUUGGUAGUUUGCUAGGUGUUCAAUCCUCCGAAGAAAUCUGCGAUUACGUGUUUUGAUAACUUGAACUGCAUUUGAAGUUGGAUGUUAUUGUAUUGACUCCAUAAACAAGCCCCUUUCUGGGGCAGAACUGCGCUCACAACCUUUCAUGACACAGCUGGGAGGGAAAUGGGUCUAUAUAUUAUUAGACAGAUCUUGUUGUGUAUUUCUUCUGCAGUAGGCUGUGAAGCCCAUAGAGAUUUCUAUGCUAUAUUUCAUUCUAUGGUGGAGCUCUUACAUAACCCCAAAAUCUUACAGUAUAUCUACAUAGAAGCCAGGACAUUUCCCAGAGCCUGGUUCUCACACAAUCAAUAUCUCAACUCAUCAGGGUGGAAGGUUUAACUCCCCAAGAGCAGCUCCUAAACUAUUUGGCUGUUUUAAUAUGUGGGACAGCACACUGACAACAAGUCUCUAGGUGACGCGUACCUGUACUGUAAGCUGCAAGGUCAAACAUAAGGCAAGGACUGGCUAUAGAAGGAAAGAGAUGGGAUCUGUUUCUGGCCUGGCUUUAGAAGGAAAGAGAUGGGAUCUGUUUCUGGCCUGGCUUUAGAAGGAAAGAGAUGGGAUCUGUUUCUGGCCUGGCUUUAGAAGGAAAGAGAUGGGAUCUGUUUCUGGCCUGGCUUUAGAAGGAAAAAAUGGGAUCUGUUUCUGGCCUGGCUUUAGAAGGAAAGAGAUGGGAUCUGUUUCUGGCCUGGCUUUAGAAGGAAAGAGAUGAGAUCUCUUUUUGGGUCUGACUAGGGGUGGCCUCUAAGAACCAAACAGAAGGAGAGGCAAGGAGAAUUGUGUGUGUGUGUGUGUGUGUGUGUGUGUGCGUUGCAGAGAUUGGAGUGGAAAUCUCCAGCAGCAGGAGGACUUGGAGUAAUAUAUAGAAAUAUAUGAUGAACUUGAAUCCCUGUGUGUUUAAGGCUCACACAAUACAUGAUGAGAUACAAACUGACAGAGAGAGAGAGACUGACAGAGAGAGACUGACAGAGAGAGACUGACAGAGGUGCAGACUGGCGGAGAUGUAGCCCUCCACUGAGCACUCGCACUUUCCAGAAACGGAGAUUGUCUGAAACCGUUUGGACUCAUUCCCUACUGCGGGUCAGAAGAAAGUCGAUAAAUGACAUUUUCAUUAUAACUGAAGUUGAAAAACUACUGUUCAGAGAGGUUUAAUCUCUGACAUGUAUUCUAUUUUAUUGAACAUAAGUGCCUCAUCCUAUGAUGCGUUGAGACAUGUUUGGGAGAGAGACAUUGGACAUGCAUUCAGUGAGGAAGACUGGUCUUCUAUCUGUGAAAGGGUCUACCCCAAAUGCACCUCCAUAAGCAUACAAUAACUACAUGUAAUUUUUUUUUAUAGAACCUACUUUACACCUGUCCGCCUUCACAGAAUGUUUUCCAAUGCAUCACAUUUAUGUUUAAAAUGUAAACAGGAUACUGGCACCUUCAUGCAUGUUUUUUGGUACUGUAGCAGAAUCCAGUCUUACUGGAAUGAUAUUCAUUUACACAUCCAGAAGAUCUUGGGUAGACAAUUUUUUAAAUUUUAUUUAACCUUUAUUUAACCAGGAAAGGCUAAUUGAGAUUUGAAAUCUCUUUUUCAAGAGCGUCCUGGCCAAGAUAGGCAGCACCAAGUCAUUACACAAUUACAGACAGACAACAUGAAAAACUACAAGUAAUCUAGUAAACAUCCAUAGAAAUCACAGGCGCAUAACAAAAUCAUAAAACUGCAAUUUAAAAACAUUGACAGAUCAAGGAAUCAGCCUUAAUCCUUCAUCAAUGAUUUAAAAACACCAAUCGGGACAAGUUCUUCCAGCUUAAAAGUAUGUUGUAAGGCGUUCCAAGCCGAUGGCGCAGAGUACAUAAAAGCUAUUUUACCAAAUUCAGUUCGUACAUUUGGAACAGUUAGCAGGAUAAAGUCCUGCGAACGAAGGGAGUACCCACCACAUUUCUGAAGAAUAAAAAUGGCCAGAUAAAAUGGUUGGAAACCCAAAAUGGGUUUAUUUGCUUUUUCACUGAAUUUAUAUUUGCUCUACUUUGAUUGUACAGUUGUGUUCGACCCUGACUCUGAACGUCUGUUCAAUACCCUUGUUUACUUAGCCAUAUUGUUAUUAUGGUCCACACCUGAAGUACCAUCUACCAGAAUGUGGCUUACUCAAGCUCCUGCUAUUCUACCCCUAGAGAAACCUACCUUUUCAUUUACACCAGAAGUCUGAUACAUCUGAUCUCCAUUGUGGUCCUAUGUAGAAAACCUCCCAUAAAUGCAUUCCUCCAUUCUAUGACUGCCUUUUUGUAUAAUGUUUUGCUGUAUCCUUAUUCCUUUUAUGGUACUCAGUCUGUGUGGUGGUCUUUGUAGUUAGUCUGUGUGGUGGUCUUUGUUUGGUUGUCUACGUAACCCCUGUUAAAAGAAAAUAACAUUCUAAUAAAAAGAGAAUUACAACAACAACAAAAAAACAUCCCGUUGGUGACAAGGUGAACCAUUUAGAUUUGUAUAUCAAACAGAGUUAUGAUUAUUCAGCUGCCAGGUUAACUGGCAGCCAUGAAUAAUGUUUAUAUGACUUGCAAAUGACCUGCUGGAUGUCCAUUUAAAUAUAUAAUCAUUCUCCCCCCAAGUUAUGCACAGUUGCCUAAUAAUGCAAAUGUAUUGGUGUGCCUCCGUCAGAUCCUAUUCCAAACAUCAUGUCCUGAAUGAAUAAUUCACUGGGAGAUAUUAUGAUGAACAUCUGGAUCAACAAGGCAUUGUGCCUCCAAUUUGAACACCAGACGCCUCAGACCACACCGCACAGUGAAAGAUACAAAGGUUGUCAAUGUUCCGGGAAAGGGAACAUUGAGUCACCGGCCGCUCCUCUCUGGAAUAGGAUAGAAUAUAACUUUACUGUCUACACAGUGUGGACAUUUUGCAUAUGGCUUCACACAGUGACAUUGACAAACUUUAAAAACACUGAUGGCAUUACAACAUUAGGAGCACAGGACUUUUAAAUUUAGUUUCCCUCUUGGGGAUCAAUAAAGAACUUUCUUAUCUCAAUAAUUGGACUUGAACUGAACGUGCUGCUGACUGCAUCCGUAAAAAUGCAUCUUAUUUAUUCCCAUAGACCUGGUGGAAGCCAAGCUGGUAGGCAUCCUGGACAUUCUGGAUGAAGAGAACCGCCUACCACUGCCCAGCGACCAGCACUUUGCAGAGGCCGUCCACAGCAAGCACAAAGACCACUUCAGACUGACGGUGAGAGCUUUGGGUGGAAGAUGUCUGCAGGCACAUAUCUGGGAUCAGCUUACCAACCCUGGAUCCUAACUUGAACCAUUUUAUAUUGAAAAAUGCUAAACUGACCUUAGGUCAGCUUUUAGUCAAUUGAUAAUGCCUUGUCUAACCAGACCUUCAUGCUGAGGGGUCAGAAUGGUAUCCUAAUAGACGUUCUGCUACCUUUUCUAUGUGAAACUCUAGAGCUAUUGUGAACCAGCAGCCCCAGUACCUUAAGGAACCUUUGUUCCUCUUUCUAUACGUUUUAACAGGCGUAGAAUCCUGUUUGAAAUGCUGCAUUGGUAUCAAUUCAGAUCAAAGGAUUAGACUGGGCCGGCUGCAGAUGGUUUUUAUGUGAUAUUAAUCAUCACUUUCAUAUUGAAAUGAAGAAUAUUCUCUCAGUUGUUUAUGGCCAUGUAAUAUUAACCACGAUACCAUACCACCAGAGCUAGGUGCGUAUUCUUUUAUAAAUCGUAUCCACACACAAUGUAAAAUCAUACUGUUAGCGCUGGUCAUGCAAAUUGUUGAGGGUCUUAUAGACACACACCAACACAUACACACACACCAACACACACACACGGAUUAACACACACACACACCAACACUCAUACACACACCAACACAUACACACCAACACAUACACACACACCAACUCAUACACACUCACACGCAGACACACACCAACACUCAUACACACACCAACACAUACUCAUACACACUCACACUCAUAUAUACACCAACACUCAUACACACCAACACAUACACACAGCAACACAUACACACCAACACAUACAGUGGGGAGAACAAGUAUUUGAUACACUGCCGAUUUUGCAGGUUUUCCUACUAAUUUUUAUCAUAGGUACACUUCAACUGUGAGAGACGGAAUCUAAAACAAAAAUCACAUUGUAUGAUUUUUAAGUAAUUAAUUUGCAUUUUAUUGCAUACCAACACCUACACACACCAACACAUACACACACAUACACUCAUACACACUCACACGCAGACACACACCAACACAUACACACACACCAACAAAUACAGUGGGUAAAAAAAGUAUUUAGUCAGCCACCAAUUGUGCAAGUUCUUCCACUUAAAAAGAUGAGAGAGGCCUGUAAUUUUCAUCAUAGGUACACGUCAACUAUGACAGACAAAUUGAGUAAGAAAAAUCCAGAAAAUCACAUUGUAGGAUUUUUAAUGAAUUUAUUUGCAAAUUAUGGUGGAAAAUAAGUAUUUGGUCAAUAACAAAAGUUUCUCAAUACUUUGUUAUAUACCCUUUGUUGGCAAUGGCACAGGUCAAACAUUUUCUGUAAGUCUUCACAAGGUUUUCACACACUGUUGCUGGUAUUUUGGCCCAUUCCUCCAUGCAGAUAUCCUCUAGAGCAGUGAUGUUUUGGGGCUGUCGCUGGGCAACACGGACUUUCAACUCCCUCCAAAGAUUUUCUAUGGGGUUGAGAUCUGGAGACUGGUUAGGCCACUCCAGGACCUUGAAAUGCUUCUUACGAAGCCACUCCUUCGUUGCCCGGGCGGUGUGUUUGGGAUCAUUGUCAUGCUGAAAGACCCAGCCACGUUUCAUCUUCAAUACCCUUGCUGAUGGAAGGAGGUUUUCACUCAAAAUCUCACGAUACAUGGCCCCAUUCAUUCUUUCCUUUACACGGAUCAGUCGUCCUGGUCCCUUUGCAGAAAAACAGCCCCAAAGCAUGAUGUUUCCAUCCCCAUGCAGUAGGUAUGGUGUUCUUUGGAUGCAACUCAGCAUUCUUUGUCCUCCAAACACGACGAGUUGAGUUUUUACCAAAAAGUUAUAUUUUGGUUUCAUCUGACCAUAUGACAUUCUCCCAAUCCUCUUCUGGAUCAUCCAAAUGCACUCUAGCAAACUUCAGACGGGCCUGGACAUGUACUGGCUUAAGCAGGGGGACACGUCUGGCACUGCAGGAUUUGAGUCCCUGGCGGCGUAGUGUGUUACUGAUGGUAGGCUUUGUUACUUUGGUCCCAGCUCUCUGCAGGUCAUUCACUAGGUCCCCCUGUGUGGUUCUGGGAUUUUUGCUCACCCUUCUUGUGAUCAUUUUGACCCCACGGGGUGAGAUCUUGCGUGGAGCCCCAGAUCGAGGGAGAUUAUCAGUGGUCUUGUAUGUCUUCCAUUUCCUAAUAAUUGCUCCCACAGUUGAUUUCUUCAAACCAAGCUGCUUACCUAUUGCAGAUUCAGUCUUCCCAGCCUGGUGCAGGUCUACAAUUUUGUUUCUGGUGUCCUUUGACAGCUCUUUGGUCUUGGCCAUAGUGGAGUUUGGAGUGUGACUGUUUGAGGUUGUGGACAGGUGUCUUUUAUACUGAUAACAAGUUCAAACAGGUGCCAUUAAUACAGGUAACGAGUGGAGGACAGAGGAGCCUCUUAAAGAAGAAGUUACAGGUCUGUGAGAUCCAGAAAUCUUGCUUGUUUGUAGUUGACCAAAUACUUAUUUUCCACCAUCAUUUGCAAAUAAAUUCAUAAAAAAUCCUACAAUGUGAUUUUCUGGAUUUUUUUUCCUCAAUUUGUCUGUCAUAGUUGACGUGUACCUAUGAUGAAAAUUACAGGCCUCUCAUCUUUUUAAGUGGGAGAACUUGCACAAUUGGUGGCUGACUAAAUACUUUUUUCCCCCACUGUAUACACUCACCAACACAUACACACACACCAACACAUAUACACAGACACUGUGUAUUAUGUAAAGAGGGUCUAAUGUAAUAUGUUGCUGCUGUCUCUUCAGGUCCCUAGGAAGUCCAAGCUGGCUGUCCACAGGAACGUCAGAGAUGAUGAAGGAUUCAUCGUCAGACACUUUGCCGGAGCCGUGUGCUACGAGACGGUAACCGUUACGCACAUCGAUGGUUAUAUGUUGAUUUGCUCUUGUAUGAUUAACCUUGGAUGAUUGGUUGUUAACACUCCGUUAUAUCUGAAACAUGGUGUUUUAUACAUUUUUCAGGACAAUAUACAGAUGCUGCUGGUAAUAGUCUUCUUAGCAGUAGGACACAUGGCAAAGUCUAUUUAUUGAAUGUUUUGUGUAUGCGUGUGUAUAUGUUUGUGUGUACGUACGUGUGUGUGCAUGUACGUACGUGUGUGUGUGUGUGCAUGUACGUACGUGUGUGUGUGUGUGUGUGUGUGUGUGUGUGUGUGUGUGUGUGUGUGUGUGUGUGUCUGCAGACCCAGUUUGUAGAGAAGAAUAAUGAUGCUCUCCACAUGUCCUUGGAGAGCCUGGUGUGUGAGUCCAAGGACAAGUUUGUGAGGGAGCUUUUUGAGAACUCCAACAACAGCAAGGAAUCCAAACAAAAGGCUGGCAAACUCAGCUUCAUCAGUGUGGGCAACAAAUUCAAGGUGAGGAAGGAGAAUGUAGCAGCACCUGGCUCUGAGAUGUCACUUUGAUUGGAAUACAUUCUUCUAGUUCAAGUUAAUUUGUGUAAACCUGAAAUUCUUACUCGUUUUGAUAUUGUAUCACACAAUGCUUUCGCUGUUGAAGUGAGUAGUGUGUUCAUUUUUCUGCCAUUGAAAUACUUGGGCGAGCCGCCCAAGCGUUUUUUUCGGGUCGCCCAAGUCCAAACAGUGAAAAUACAUUUUCGGGUUGGAAAAAACGCUUUCAGUGUAAACUUAGAAAAGAUAAUGGACCUACUGUAAAUAUUUUGUAAGAAUAUAAUCUUUGAGAACUGAAAAUCACCGAAAUAAAAGACAGUGAGGGAGAAUUGAAAAUUCUAAAAACAAUGAAUUUAGCAGUAUAGGUUUUGUUAUUAUGUUUGCGCAAAAUAACACAGCAUUAGCCAUGUUAAAAUGCAUAGAAUUGCAGGAAAUUUGCUUUAAAACUACAACAUUUUCUCUCAGCGCCAUUGAAGAAUAUGUAGAACUGCAGGAAAUUUGCUUUUAAACUGCAAAAAUGUAUCUCAGCUACAUUGAGAAAUUUGAAGAAUUGCAGGAAAUUUGCAAAAAAAAUGUUAAAAAAGAAUACAAUCUCUACACUGCCAAGAUAGGGGCCUCUAAAAUUGUCUCAAAUUCAGACGAGUCGCCUCGCCCCCUGCCACGCCCUACGCCCCUUUUUGAUCCGGAAACAAACCCUGGUGUUUAGUUUGUAGUCUAAUAAUUUUUUCCAAUUGCUUAUUUCAGAUGUUUUCUGACACAAUGUUAGAGAAAACUGUGUACCAUUUUCCAACUUUGACCUUUGAACUUCUAACGCCUUUCCUCUCCUUGCCACUGUUCUUCCAUCCCUCCAUCCCUCCUUUCCUCUGUAGGCCUCUUCCAGUCCCCCACCUCUUUUCCUGAGAAAUCCUUCCUUUGUGGAAAAAGGUGGAUAAAGUCAGCUAGAGAAAGGGUAUGAUAAAGUCAGAGAGAGCGAGAGAAAGUAGCAGCAGGGCUAAAAGUCAGUCAGGAAGAAGCAUAGCGUCAGCCAGGGACAGAAGGCCAUUUGUCUCACUGUUGAUUGUUUCAAUAACCCUGUACUGCGUCAGCAGAUGCACACAGAGCACCCAUCACUGUUUUCCUAUCAUACUCCUCCUCCACCUGUCUUCCUCUAUGGUCUGUUUGUGUGUGGUGAUGCUUGAGUUGACGCUUUUAUCACUAAUUCAUCACAUAAGACAUGGACACAAAGACCUGAGUGUAGCAUUGUAGAGAAAAGAGCAAGAUGGGAUCUAUUCCGUUUGAUGACACACAGAUGUGCUUUAAUAAAACAUCAAAUCAAAUUUGAAAAGUUAGGCAAUGUGAGGCAAUCUAUUGAAAUGCAAUGGUUUGAGGAAGGGAACAUAGUUAAGUUAUAUUUUUUAUUUUAAUAUGUUUAAAAUAUUUAUCUCCACACUACCGGUCAAAAGUUUUAGAACACCUACUCAUUCAAGGGUUUUUCUUUAUUUUUACUAUUUUCUACAUUGUUGAAUAAUAGUGAAGACAUCCAAACUAUGAAAUAACACAUAUGGAAUCAUGUAGUAAAAUAUAUUUGAGAUUUGAGAUUCUUCAAAUAGCCACCAUUUGUCUUGAUGACAGGUUUGCACACGCUUGGCAUUCUCUCAACCAGCUUCAUGAGGUAUUCACCUGGAAGCAUUUCAAUUAACAGGUGUGCCUUCUUAAAAGUUAAUUUGUGGAAUUUCUUUCCUUCUUAACGCAUUUGAGUCCAUCAGUUGUGUUGUGACAAGGUAAGGGGGGUGUACAGAAGAUAGUCCUAUUUGGUAAAAGACCAAGUCCAUAUUAUGGCAAGAACAGCUCAAAUAAGCAAAGAGAAACGACAGUCCAUCAUUACUUUAAGACAUGAAGGUCAGUCAAUACGGACAUUUUCAAGAACAUUGAAGUGCAGUCUCAAAAACCAUCAAGCGCUAUGAUGAAACUGGCUCUCAUGAGGACCGCCACAGCAAUGGAAGACCCAGAGUUACCUCUGCUUCAGAGGAUAAGUUCAUUAGAUUUACCAGCCUCAGAAAUUGCAGCCCAAAUAAAUGCUUCACAAAGUUCAGGUAACAGACACAUCUCAACAUCAACUGUUCAGAGGAGACUGUGUGAAUGAGGCCUUCAUCAUCGAAUAGAUGCAAAGAAACCACUACUAAAGGACACCAAUAAGAAGAAGAGACUUGCUUGGGCCAAGAAACACGAGCAAUGGACAUUAGACUGGUGGAGAUUUGUCCUUUGGGUAUGGAGUCCAAAUUUGAGAUUUUUGGUUCCAACCGCCAUGUCUUUGUGAGACGCAUUGUGGGUGAAUGGAUGAUCUCCGCAUGUGUAUUUCCCACGGUAAAGCAUGGAGGAGGAGGUGUUAUGGUGUGGGGGUGCUUUGCUGGUGACACUGUCUGGGAUUUAUUUAGAAUUCAAGGCACACUUAACCAGCAUGGCUACCACAGCAUUCUGCAGCGAUACGCCAUCCCAUCUGGUUUGGGCUUAGUGGGACUAUCAUUUGUUUUUCAACAGGACAAUGACCCAACACACCUCCAGGCUGUGUAAGGGCUAUUUUACCAAGAAGGAGAGUGAUGGAGUGCUGCAUCAGAUGACCUGGCCUCCACAAUCCCCCGACCUCAACCAAAUUGAGAUGGUUUGGGAUGAGUCGUACCGCAGAGUGAAGGAAAAGCAGCCAACAAGUGCUCAGCAUAUGUGGGAACUCCUUCAAGACUGUUGGAAAAGCAUUCCAGGUUAAGGUGGUUGAGAGAAUGCCAAGAGUGUGCAAAUCUGUCAUCAAGGCAAAGGGUGGCAUUUGAAGAAUCUCAAAUAUAAAAUAUAUUUUGAUUGGUUUAACACUUUUUUGGUUACUACAUGAUUCCAUAUGUGUUAUUUCAUCGUUUUGAUGUCUUCACUAUUAUUCUACAAUGUAGAAAAUAGUAAAAAUACAGAAAAAUCCUUGAAUGAGUAGGUGUUAUAAAACUUUUGACCAGAAGUGUACUAUCAGCAGUUGCCAAGUUGGUUCCUGCAUACAGUCAUUCUCUUGUGUUGCAUAAAAGUAUCUACAUGGCACAGUUUCAGUAAAUGUUGUAUAUAUCUUGCGAAAACAUUCAAAGUAAUUUAGGACUGUUGAAAGCAAAUCAUAUUGAGAACAAUGAGAAUCCUCCUGAGUCAUGCAGGGUUCUUUGUGUUUCUGUGUGCUGUUAUCCCUCACCUGUUCACAUGGAAGCAUGUCUAACUUUCUUUUGGGUGUGUCAGCAUUAUAACUAAUGCUCUUUUUCAGUUGUAAAUGUGCAACGUCAAAUAUAUUCCCAAUUUGUUUGUAAGUGCUCCAAACCACCUUCUUGUGUGGUGUGGUGGGACUCAGACUAGGUAUUAAACACGCUUCUUUCUCUGCCUGCCUUCACAGACCCAGUUGAACUUACUGCUGGAGAAGCUUCGCAGCACUGUGAGUAUCUUUGCCAUAUCUGAUGUCCUCUAUCUCACACUGGUAGUCAGAAGCUGGCCUCAGAUUGCAUGUGAUAGAUAUGAUUGACAUGUCUUUCAAAGGGUUCCAGCUUUAUUCGCUGUGUGAAACCCAACUUGAAGAUGGUUAGCCACCAGUUUGAAGGAGCCCAGAUUCUGUCUCAGCUGCAGUGUUCAGGUAUUGGCUAGGAGAGUAAGAAUAUACUCUCAAAACUAUUAUUAACACAUCACAGAAUAAAAAAAACUGUAGUUCAUUAUCAGUUCUAAAGAUUACGACGGAUACACACACAUACACGAACACACACCACUUUUGGUUUCGGUUCCUUUUCAAGACAUUCUCUCCCCUUUCCUCACCAGGCAUGGUGUCAGUUCUGGACCUGAUGCAGGGAGGCUUCCCCUCCCGAGCCCCCUUCCAUGAGCUCUACAACAUGUACAAACAGUAUAUGCCUGACAAGCUCACACGACUGGACCCCAGGCUCUUCUGCAAGGUGGUGGGCUCCCCCAAAAGCAGCCUUCCAUAUCAUAUAAACCUUGCAUUAUUCAGAUGUUAAUACUUUUAUAAGACUUUGACUGGUGGUUUUUGUUCUUGCUCCUCUGCAGGCUUUGUUCAAAGCACUGGGGCUGAAUGAGAAUGACUACAAGUUUGGCUUGACCAGAGUGUUCUUCCGCCCUGGGAAGGUAAGCACUGAUUUCAGCUUUCUUUUUAAUGCUCUACAGUCUGUGCAUGAAUGUCAUCGGGCCAAAUUACCUUGAGUAAUUCUCUUGAUGUCCUGUUUCGGGGUCAGUUUGCGGAGUUUGACCAGAUCAUGAAGUCGGACCCGGACCACCUGGCAGAGCUGGUGAAGAAGGUCAACCAGUGGCUGGUCGUCAGCCGUUGGAAGAAGGUCCAGUGGUGCUCCCUCUCUGUCAUCAAACGUACGUCAACACCCCUGACUCAUACUCUCACUGAGCUGGACAACGCACUGGAGAACAAUAGCACUCCUCCUAGUUAACAGUAAUAAUGGAUUUAGUUGUUAGGGACCGAUACAAUGAAAAUAUUAACACAUUGAAUCAUCCACAUUCAGCUGCAUUGCACCCUCUUGCUUUAGGUUGAGCUAAUUUGCAGCGUCAGUCCGUACAGGGGCUUUAAAAUGGUGGAAAAUAAAAGACAAGAAAGAAAUCUAAAUUGUCAAACAAAACAGCCAAUAUAAUGAAUAGGGUUCAAAUGAUUCAGGAGUUGCCAAACUUCUCAUAACUUUACAUCAUUUUGGCUCUACUUCUUCAGGGCAAGAGUUUGAGAGAUACUGUGUUUUUCCCCUCCAUUUAGUCGAACACUGAUUACCACACUCUGACAGCUGUGUUCCACUAUCAUAUUUCUUAUGUUUCACAUUUCUAUUGCAUUUUGCUAUUUGUUUCGAAUGCUCGAGGCAAUCUUGCACACUAAAAGCAGUUCCUUGAACCAUUAGCCUCCGUGCCAAGUUGUAUUGAUUUUCCCCCCAUUUAACAAAGUGAGGCACCGGCAGUGCUUAUUAGGGUAAAGCGUCAAAUCAAUGAUAUCACGUAAGUAAUAACUGUAGACUGCCUCGGCCCACCAGUUGCCUGCAUAUUUCACCAUCAGGAUAUCUAAUAUCUGAGGAUGUAUGCACUGUGACGGCUGGCUGCUCUUCCAUUUAUUUUCCACAAAAAAAACUCCAACUUAAUAUCCCUAGUUCAGUUAACAGAUCUUAGGGAGUUGUGUGUGGCUUUAUCUCUGUGUGAAUUGGCCCAGUACUAUGUUGAUUAGAUUUGACGAUUUAUUUGCCUCUCUCUCCCUUUCUUUCUCUCCCCCCCUCCCCCCACAGUAAAGGAGAAGAUGAAGUAUCGUGCCUCUGCCCUUAUUAAGAUUCAGAAGACCAUCCGCAUGUGGCUCUGUAAGAGGAAACAUAAGCCACGGUGGGUGUGUACACACACACACACACACACACAAGUGCGCACACAGACACAUUAUCUUUGUUUAAAAGUGCUUCACACUCUGUGCCUUUUGAUGGCUUCUCCACAUUGUGCAGUUAGAAGUUCAAAUCAAUCUGGAGAGCUCAGCCGUGACUCGUGGCACUCUCUGUCACCCUAUUGCAUAUAGAAGAUAUAUAUUGCUUUGGUGAAUGCAUCCAUCCGGGUGAUGGCUUUUUGAAUUGUCUUGUGUGUAUGUGCACGUGCGAGCGUGCUCACACUUAUGUUUGCGUGCGUGCGUGCGUGGGUGCACAUGUACUCACGUGUGUGUGCACAUGCACUUUUAUGUGCUCUUACACGUGUGUGUGUGCGCUCAUACGGCCACAGCAUCGACGGCAUGGUGAAGGUGCGGAACCUGAAGAUGCGGAUGGAACGCUUCAACGAGGUGGUGGGUGCUCUGAAGGAGGGAAAGCAGGAGAUGGCCCAGCUGGUGCAGGAGCUGGGGGCCUCCAUCGACACCUUCAUGGCCAAGAUCAAGGUGAGUAGGGCUCUCCUAGGCACAGAUCUAGGAUCAGCUUCCCCUGCCCCAAUCCUAACCUUAAAGGUCCAAUGCAGCUGUUUUAUCUCAAUAUCAAAUCAUUUCUGGGUAACAAUGAAGUACCUUACUGUGAUUUGUUUUCAAUUAAAAUGGUCAAAAAUAAACAAAAAUUGCUUCUUAGCAAAAAUCAAGAAUUUAGCUAGGACUGUCUGGGAGUUGUCUGAGUGGGGAAAACUGAAAACUAGCUGUUAUUGGCAGAGAGGCUUUUCUUAUUGGUUUAUUAACUAAUUUACCGCCUGGUGAUGUCACCAGGCAGGCCGAAACAGGCUGAAAUGUUAGACGGUCUUUUCAAACAACUCUUACACUAAAAGGGCAUGAUCAUAAUUUUCACAAUUUCAGUAUUAUUACAACCUCAUAUCAUAAAUGUAUAUAAAACACAGGAAAAUCGUGUUUUUUGACUGUACUUGGCCUUUAACCAUUAGUGGGGAAAACACUAAACAGACCCAGAGUCUAUGGCAGGGAUCAUCAACUAGAUCCAGCUGCAGGAAGAUUUUUUUGUUGAGUGGAUGGUCAGGGGUCCAGAACAUAAUUACAAAUAAUUUGUAGACUUAAAAUUGACCACAAGAAGCCCAAAAAGAUAUUUGACUAAAACAUAAUUUCAAACAUGGCUUACAUUUGUAUACAUAUAUAUCUCUCAGUUAUGUGUGGGAAUACUUUGGAAAAGAUUUCCAAAAUUAAAAUCACUUGGAACUGAUUUUCUUGUGUUUUUACAGUCUAAUAUGUCCAACAAUAAAAAUUGCUCAGAAAACUUGGGGGGCAAAUAAAAUCACCCCUCCAGUUGGGGAAACCUGGUCUAGGGCCAUCUUCACCCUACACAGAGGAGGCCAGGGUGACUCACAUGUCUUAACUUUCUAAUCUAAUCCCGCUAAUCUCAUUGCAUCUCUCUCUAAUCUCAUUUCAUCUCCCUGUCAUCUCAUCAGAAAGCCAUUUCCUGGGGUUGUUUUGAUCUGUAAUCCUUUAAAAUGGCUAAAUAUGGUAAGGGAUCUCCCCUCUAUUCCUCUGCCAUAAACACCAAUCUAUAUAUGGUAUGGGAUCACCCCUCUUUCCUUCUGCUAGAAACACCAGUCUAAAUAUGGUAAGGGAUCACCCCUCUUUCCUUCUGCUAGAAACACCAGUCUAAAUAUGGUAAGGGAUCACCCCUCUUUCCUUCUGCUAGAACACCAGUCUAAAUAUGGUUAGGGAUCUCCACUCUCUCCCUCUGCUAGAAACACCAGUCUAGAUAUGGUUAGGGAUCUCCCCUCUAUCCCUCUGCUAGAAACACCAGUCUAGAUAUGGUUAGGGAUCUCCCCUCUCUCCCUCUGCUAGAAACACCAGUCUAAAUAUGGUUAGGGAUCUCUCCUCUUUCCUUCUGCUAGAAACACCAGUCUAAAUAUGGUUAGGGAUCGCCCCUCUUUCCUUCUGCUAGAAACACCAGUCUAAAUAUGGUUAGGGAUCUCCCCUCUCUCCCUCUGCUAGAAACACCAGUCUAGAUAUGGUUAGGGAUCUCCCCUCUAUCCCUCUGCUAGAAACACCAGUCUAGAUAUGGUUAGGGAUCUCCCCUCUCUCCCUCUGCUAGAAACACCAGUCUAAAUAUGGUUAGAGAUCUCCCCUCUCUCCCUCUGCUAGAAACACCAGUCUAAAUAUGGUUAGGGAUCUCCCCUCUCUCCCUCUGCUAGAAACACCAGUCUAAAUAUGGUUAGGGAUCUCCCCUCUCUCCCUCUGCUAGAAACACCAGUCUAAAUAUGGUUAGGGAUCUCCCCUCUCUCCCUCUGCUAGAACACCAGUCUAAAUAUGGUUAGGGAUCUCCCCUCUCUCCCUCUGCUAGAAACACCAGUCUAAAUAUGGUUAGGGAUCUCCCCUCUCUCCCUCUGCUAGAAACACCAGUCUAAAUAUGGUUAGGGAUUUCCACUCUCUCCCUCUGCUAGAAACACCAGUCUAAAUAUGGUUAGGGAUCUCCCCUCUCUCCCUCUGCUAGAAACACCAGUCUAAAUAUGGUUAGGGAUCUCCCCUCUCUCCCUCUGCUAGAAACACCAGUCUAAAUAUGGUUAGGGAUCUCCCCUCUCUCCCUCUGCUAGAAACACCAGUCUUAUUUAGGGCCUCUGAGUGGGUGACACAUCAACCCAACCCACAUUUUUUUUUUACAUUUUAUUCAUUUAGCAGACGCUCUUAUCCAGAGCGACUUACAGUUAGUGAGUGCGUACAUUUAUUUUUCAUACUGGCCCCCUGUGGGAAUCGAACCCACAACCCUGGCGUUGCUAGCGCCAUGCUCUACCAACUGAGCUACACGGGGCCACAUGCUAUCCAGACUCUGAGUUGUGUAAUUGAUUCCCUAAUUAUUUUAGUGUUGUCAGUAAAUUUUGACUUUGUAGCCGGAUGUGUGUUAGCUGGUUAGUUAUCCCAGAGACUAGAUGACUGACAUCCGAGCAGAACAUUUUCCACAUGAGCAAAUGUCUCUGGUCCACUCUCUUUCUCUCCUCCCUAGCGCCCUAGUUCAGUCACCUCUGUGCCUCUGCCCGACCCUACGCUCCUCUGUUAGCCCAUUGGCAUCUGCUCUGUGUUCACCAGCGCCCAACACAAUUCCCAGCCCUUUAUGACGCACAUAGCGUAGCAUCACUAAGGGCCUAGCGUAGCAUCGCUAAGGCCCUAGCGUAGCAUCGCUAGCUGAAUUAUACAAGAACCAUAAACAAUGUCUGUCAUUCAGUCAUCUUGUAAUUUCCCUGCUGCGGUGUCUGUCUGAACCAUGUCAGGAAAAUCAAUCCACCCUAUACCCCCCACUGAUAGGCUGACAGACAGGAUGUGACACUGAAGUGACCAGGGCACCAGUGGUAGAAGUAGCAGGUGGUGGUGGGGCUCUCAGUCGUUGUGUCUCUGGUUAGCUUAUUGAAUACAUCUGGAGGGUGUCACAACCCUAAACAGUCAAGGGGAUUUGUGCAGAGUCAGCCAGGCUCACUGCGGAGGGCUGCAUCUCUCACUUCCUGGAAUUGGACAGUUUUAAUUACACCACUUAUAUAGGAAACAAGGAUUAAAUUAGAUUCUGGGAUAUUGAGAAUUGGAUGAUACUUUUAGCAUAUUCCCCAUAGACUUUUCAGUGUAUCUCAUAUACCUAUGUUAAAGUCGGUGUGCUCCAUCUGCAGCAGUGCUAAUGGGGACAGUAGUAGCACAUAUUGGGUAUCAUAACCAACGAUAAACAGGGUUUAGUCUAUGAAGGUGUAUGUUGUCUAUAUGUUUAUAAUUCUGACCAUGACAUACUGUGUGACAACUCAAGUCCAAAUAAUUCUGGUUUUAGCCUAUACAUCUUUUUUGGAAUAGGCCUAUAUGUUGAUGCCAAUGACCUUGAACUAUGACACCACUCCUUUGACCUAUGCCCCCUCCUAUAGGCCACGGUGAUGACCCGUAAGGAGAUUAACCAGAAGUACCAGGGGCUGGUGAAGAGCUCGGAGCAGCUGCUCUCCUCCAUGCAGAAGAAGAAGCAGGAGGAAGAGGAGCUGGAGCGGCUGCGGCUCAUCGAAGAGGAGAUGGAGAGAGAGAGGAAGAGGAGGGAGGAGGAGGACCAGCAACGGCAGCAGGACGAGAGCGACAGAAAGAAGUAAGUGGAGGGGUAUCGGAUGUAUACAAGACAGACAUAAAUGGGCUAGCACUAGGGUGGGUUAUUUCAGUAGUGGAGGGCUGCACUGUGUGCAGGCUUUUGGAUCUAGUGUGUUAGUGCUGGGCUGGAAUAAAUGCCUGCACAGUGCACCCACAGCAGCCCUCCGUGUUUUGGUUGAAGUCAUUGACAUGACCUCUCAAUUUUAAAGAAACCCCCAACAGGAUAUGUCCAGAGUUGAUGCUCAGAGAUUGAGUUUAUACAUGGUUCAUCGUUCGAUCAUGUCAUUGAGAACAUUGAUCAGCAGGAGGCAUGUCCAUCUGUGAUCUAAAGUAACAUGGCGUUUUGCCAUAUAAGAGCAUUAACCACCUCUGUCGUCCCUGCCCCCUCUCAUUAGGAAAUCAGAGAUGGAGCAUAAGAGGAAGCAUGAGGAGGAGGAGAGGAAGAGGAGGGAGGAAGAAAAGAGGAUUAUGCAGGUUUGUGACCCCACUGAAGUGAUAUUUUUGUGGAAAAGGAGAGCUUUGUUACCCUUCCCCUCCUACAAGACACACCAAACACAUAUUGACCCUAUUGCCUGAUAGUAGCCUGUAGUCUCUUACUACGGAUUAGCCUGUAAUCUCUUACUAUGUAGCCUGUAAUCUCUUACUAUGGAGUAACCUGUAGUCUCUUACUAUGGAGUAGCCUGUAAUCUCUUACUAUGGAGUAGCAUGUAAUCUCUUACUACGGAGUAGCCUGUAAUCUCUUACUACGGAGUAGCCUGUAAUCUCUUACUACGGAGUAGCCUGUAAUCUCUUACUACGGAGUAGCCUGUAAUCUCUUACUACGGAGUAGCCUGUAAUCUCUUACUACGGAGUAGCCUGUAAUAUCUUACUAUGGAGUAGCCUGUAAUCUCUUACUACGGAGUAGCCUGUAGUCUCUUACAAUGGAGUAGCAUGUAAUCUCUUACUAUGGAGUAGCCUGUAAUCUCUUACUACGGAGUAACCUGUAGUCUCUUACUAUGGAGUAGCCUGUAAUCUCUUACUAUGGAGUAGCAUUUAAUCUCUUACUAUGGAGUAGCCUGUAAUCUCUUACUACGGAGUAGCCUGUAAUCUCUUACUAUGGAGUAGCCUGUAAUCUCUUACGACGGAGUAGCCUGUAAUCUCUUACUACAGAGUAGCCUGUAAUCUCUUACUACAGAGUAGCCUGUAAUCUCUUACUAUGGAGUAGCCUGUAAUAUCUUACUACGGAGUAGCCUGUAGUCUCUUACAAUGGAGUAGCCUGUAAUAUCUUACUAUGGAGUAGCCUGUAAUCUCUUACUACGGAGUAGCCUGUAAUCUCUUACUACGGAGUAGCCUGUAAUCUCUUACUACGGAGUAGCCUGUAAUCUCUUACUACGGAGUAGCCUGUAGCUUCUUACUAUGGAGUAGCCUGUAAUCUCUUAAUAUUGAAUAGCCUGUAAUCUCUUACUAUGGAGUAGCCUGUAAUCUCUUACUAUGGAAUAGCCUGGAAUCUCUUACUAUGGAGUAGCAUGUAGUCUCUUACUAUGGAGUAGCCUGUAAUCUCUUACUAUGGAGUAGUUUGUAAUCUCUUUCUACGGAGUAGUUUGUAGUCUCUUACAAUGGAGUAGCAUGUAGUCUCUUACUAUGUAGCCUGUAAUCUAUUACUACGGAGUAGCCUGUAAUCUCUUACUAUGGAAUAGCCUGUAAUCUCUUUCUAUGGAGUAGCCUGUAAUCUCUUACUAUGGAGCAGCAUGGAUUGAUUUCUUACCAGUCGUAAUUGUUGUACUGAGAUCUCUAUAUAUUUAAUCUGUGUAUAUAUAUACGAAUAUUUUUUCUUUCAACCUAAUAAAAUAUAUAUGUGGCAUUUAGCAGACGCUUUUAUCCAAAGUGACUUAGUCAUGAGAAUCGAACCCACAACCCUGGCAUUGCAAGCGCCAUGCUCUACCAACUGAGCUACACCACUGUUCCCACUGAGUGAAAGUCAUUGGCUCCCCCGUCUCACAGGGAGACGGCCAGGGUCUUGGCAUUCGUCAGAUUCCCCAGUGGGCCGUCCCUGGCUGAUGAUGGAUCACUCCUGCCGACUUUCUCCUUCCCAGAACUACCCUGCUCCCUCUGUGCUUAGUCCUCUGCUUUCCACCCUGCCCUCCAUUACCAGUUCCCUUAUUUUCUCCUGCCCUGUAUUCCCCCUCCUGUCCUCUCCUGCCCUGUAUCCCCCCUCCUAUCCUCUCCUGCCCUGUAUUCCCCCUCCUAUCCUCUUCUGCCCUGUAUUCCCCCUCCUAUCCUCUUCUGCCCUGUAUUCCCCCUCCUAUCCUCUCCUGCCCUGUAUUCCCCCUCCUAUCCUCUCCUCUCCUGCCCUGUAUUCCCCCUCCUAUCCUCUCCUGCCCUGUAUUCCCCCUCCUAUCCUCUCCUGCCCUGUAUUCCCCCUCCUAUCCUCUCCUGCCCUGUAUUCCCCCUCCUAUCUCUCCUGCCUGUAUCCCCUCCUAUCCUCUCCUGCCCUGUAUUCCCCCUCUAUCCUCCUGCCCUGUAUUCCCCUCCUUCUUGCCAUUCCCUCUGCUCCUGCCCGUAUUCCCUCCACUCCUUCCCUCUCCUGCCCUGUAUUCCCCCUCCUUCCUCUUCUGCCCUGUAUUCCCCCUCCUGCCCUCUCCUGCCCUGUAUUCCCCCUCCUAUCCUCUCCUGCCCUGUAUUCCCCCUCCUGUCCUCUCUGCCCUGUAUUCCCCCUCCUGCCCUUCCUGCCCUGUAUUCCCCUCCUGCCUCUCCUGCCCUGUAUUCCCCCUCCUUCCUCUUCUGCCUGUAUUCCCCUCCUGUCCUCUCCUGCCUGUAUUCCCCCUCCUGUCCUCUUCUGCCCUGUAUUCCCCCUCCUGCCCUCUCCUGCCCUGUAUUCCCCCUCCUAUCCUCUCCUGCCCUGUAUUCCCCCUCCUGUCCUCUUCUGCCCUGUAUUCCCCCUCCUAUCCUCUCCUGCCCUGUAUUCCCCCUCCUGUCCUCUUCUGCCCUGUAUUCCCCCUCCUAUCCUCUCCUGCCCUGUAUUCCCCUCCUACCUCUCUCUCCUGCCCUGUAUUCCCCCUCCUUCCUCUCCUGCCCUGUAUUCCCCCUCCUUCCUCUCCUGCCCUGUAUUCCCCCUCCUAUCCUCUCCUGCCCUGUAUUCCCCCUCCUGUCCUCUCUCCUGUAUUCCCCUCCUCUCUCCUGCCCUGUAUUCCCCCUCCUAUCCUCUUCCUGCCCUGUAUUCCCUCCUCCUGUCCCUCUUCCUGCCCUGUAUUCCCCCUCCUAUCCUCUCCUGCCCUGUAUUCCCCCUCCCUAUCCUCUCCUGCCCUGUAUUCCCCCUCCUGUCCUCUCCUUGCCCUGUAUCCCCUAUCCUCUCCUGUUCCCUCUCCUUUGCCCUGUAUUCCCCCUCCUGUCCUCUUCUGCCCUGUAUCCCCUCCUAUCCCUCUCCUGUAUCCCCUCUCUCUUCUGCCCUGUAUUCCCCCUCCUAUCCUCUUCUGCCCUGUAUUCCCCCUCCUGUCCUCUUCUGCCCUGUAUUCCCCCUCCUAUCCUCUUCUCGCCCUGUAUUCCCCCUCCUUCCUCUCUGCCCUGUAUUCCCCCUCCUGUCCUCUCUGCCCUGUAUUCCCCUCCUUCCUCUCCUGCCCUGUAUUCCCCCUCCUGUCCUCUUCUGCCCUGUAUUCCCCCUCCUGUCCUCUUCCUGCCCUGUAUUCCCCCUCCUAUCCUCUUCUGCCUGUAUUCCCCCUCCAUGCCUCUUCUGCCCUGUAUUCCCCCUCCUAUCCUCUCCUGCCCUGUAUUCCCCUCCUCUCCUCUUCUGCCCUGUAUUCCCCCUCCUGUCCUCUUCUGCCCUGUAUUCCCCCUCCUGUCCUCUCUCUGCCCUGUAUUCCCCCUCCUGUCCUCUCCUGCCCUGUAUUCCCCCUCCUGUCCUCUCCUGCCCUGUAUUCCCCCUCCUAUCCUCUCCUGCCCUGUAUUCCCCCCUCCUGCCCUCUCCUGUCCCUGUAUUCCCCCUCCUGUCCUCUCCUGCCCUGUAUUCCCCCUCCUCUCUCGCCCGUUUCCCCUCCUGCUCCUGCCCUGUAUUCCCCUCUCCUCUCCUGCCCUGUAUUCCCUCUCCUCCUGAUUCCUCCUUCCUUCGCCCUGUAUUCCCCCUCCUCCCUCUCCUGCCCUGUAUUCCCCCUCCUGCCCUUCCUGCCCUGUAUCCCCCUCCUGCCCCUCCUCCCUGUAUUCCCCUCCUGUCCUCUCUGCCCUGUAUUCCCCCUCCUGCCCUUCCUGCCCUGUAUUCCCCUCCUGCCGCUCUCCUCCCUCUCCUGCCCUGUAUUCCCCUCCUGCCCUCUCCUGCCCUCUCCUGCCCUGUUCCCUGCCCCUGAUUCCCCCUCCUGUCCCUCUGCCCUCUGCCCUUAUUCCCCCUCCUGCCCUCCUCCUGCCCUGUAUUCCCCCUCCUGCCCUCUCCUGCCUUAUUCCCCUCCUCCUGCCCUCCUGUCCCCUUCUCCCUGUAUUCCCCCUCCUAUCCUCUCCUGCCCUGUAUUCCCUCUCCUGCCCUGUAUUACCAUAAUGCAGUUCCCUCUUUCUCUCCUCCUCUGCCCUCUAUUCCCAGCCUCAGGCCCCCUUUCCCCCACAAUUUUUUCCUAUUUCCUCUCAUUCUUCUUCUUCUGUUCUCAACCCUCCAUCUCCAUCAAUCAUUUUCCUUCCUUAUUCAUCACAGUUUUCCACAAGUACAUAGAGUAGCCAGCCAAAUAGAAAAAGUAGCCCUCCAGGCACCCCCGGGCUGGGGGUUCGACAUGUUUUGCCGAAUUAGCUGUAUUUUGGUGGCCUCUGGUACAUUCUAAAGCCUUGAUUCCCUCUGAAAUACACAGUGAGAUGAUUGAAAACUUUAUUGAGUUUACCUCCGAGAUUGGAAAGAAUAGUUGUGGUAUUGUAUAGAAAGACAUGACUUUACAAUUUAAAUGACUGAAAAUGAAUGAAUUCAGUCUGUUAGUUGUUUUGGAUCUUGUCUAGGACUAUAUGUUCCGGACUAUUAUCUAAGUAAGAAAACAUGAAACAUUUUAAACAUUUAACCUGUCUUCUCUUGAAAUUAAAGUCUUAUUUACAGUUUUACUGCAAGAUAUGUAUUGCCACUGAUGUUUGUUUACCAAAUUAUGUAUUUUAUUAAAACAUAAAGUGUUUCGUUCUCAAUCACACUUUUUUUUUUAUAGAAAAACAACAAAAUUGGAUGUUGUAAGAACAUAACAAUGCUUAAACCACAUCAGGAGACCACUUUUGAUGUCUGGGAAAAAUCUGAUACAUAAAAAAAAAAAAUGGGGUCACAAAGUACGGGAGGAUGGCUGGGCAGUGGUCUGAAGGGUGGCUGGGCCCCCUGUCCCAAAGUUGGAGAAUGCAUUUUUCAGAGCCAUAAUCAUUAUGCUGUAUCUUCCUUUUUUUAAAGAAACUAAAUGUGCUUCAAUGCAUCUCUGUAAAUCUGGGUAAAAGAUUGAAAGGAAUGUGAGUCUUAUUAAGUACAUUUUGUAAUUGCUUGCUUUUCUACCAACCUUGCCAGCAGGCUUGUCAGCUAAGAUAGUUAGACAAGCUAGCUACUCUAACUUGAUUGAUAGCCUGAAAUGGCUUCUUGGUAGCUAGUUAUGAGGAUGGGAGAUACUUUUGUAUAUAUAGUGUGUGUGGACACCCCCUAAAAUUAGUGGAUUUGGCUAUUUCAGCCACACCCGUUGCGGACAGGUAUAUAUUGCAGGUUUUCCUACUUACAAAGCAUGUAGAGGUCUGUAAUUUUUUAUCAUAGGUACACUUCAACUGUGAGAGACGGAAUCUAAAACAAAAAUCCAGAAAAUCACAUUGUAUGAUUUUUAAGUAAUUAAUUUCCGUCUGCACCAAGCAGGUAGUAGGGUGACAUUUUUUACAUUUCUGUCUUCUGUAACCUCUUUCAACAUCUAUCCAACAUAUUAGCCCAACACAUGAUACAUUUCUGAAAUCCUCAAGAUGUUUCCUAAUUACACAAAAAGGACAAUGUUGAUAUCAUAUUCACAGGAGGCAUGACACACCCAUUUGUGUACACUGAGCCAAAACCAUAUUUUCAGGAACAGCAGGUUAGAUAAACUGUACCCGAAUGACAAUUAAUUUGUGCGAUUAGGAAACAGCUUGAGGAUUUUAGAAAUGUUUAAUGUGUUGGUCUAAUAUGUUGGAUAGAUGUUGAAAGAGGUUACAGAAUACAGAAAUGUAAAAAGUGUCACCCUACUACCUGCUUGGUGCAUGUUAACAGUAUUACAAGAACCAGAGCCUUGCCUAAUCUAAAUACAGGGUCCCUAAUGUAAACUGGAUCUCUUUCCUCCAUUGGAAAAGCCUAUAAGAUUGUCUCACUUUAGCUAGCUAUGGUUGAUAAAGCAGGACUAAAAAAAUGAUAACAUAUUGGCUACUUUUUUAUUUUAUUUUGAUGCACCAGUACAUAGUAUGCACAUUUACAUCACAAUUUUGCACAGUGCAUUAUUUAUGACCGUUUUAUAACCUUAACGUCAAAACAGAAAUAAAUCUGUCACUGAUCUUAUGGUGUGCUUGGGGGUUGAGCUUCCUGUUAGAAGCUUGCUCUGCCCCCUCUGACAUCACACCAAUGAAGUGAUGUGAUUUUGAUAAUGUGGUUUCUCUGCAACAGCGUAGUAACAAUAGUUUUGAUUUUCACUUGGCAGACCAAGAAAUAAACGAGGAUUAAGCUUUCCCAGUUUUUUUCUGAAUUCACCCUACAUUACAUGGGACGUGCUAAUUCACAAGCAUCAUGCUCUCUCCCUCCUCCAUGUAAAGAAAUUCGACUGCAAUCAGAGAUUUGUAUGACGAGAUGCUAAUGUCUCCACUCUAACAAUGGGAGUCAUUGUCCCAAAGGCAGGAAGGCAGGCGACAAGCUUAGGUCAAGAAUACGCCCACUUUUUUGGACAGAUCUUUGGCAAGAGUGAAAACUCUAGCUUCCUCUCUGCUGCGUUUUCCUUGUCAUCACUCGCUUUGUGACUGACAGGAGCCUAUCCUAUCAACAGAUCGCUAGAAGAUGCAUAUCGUUCAUUAUAGCGAGAGAGGGCCAAUUAAAACCUUUAAACGAAAAGUAGCCUAGUUACUGUAAUAUGAAGUGAAAAAUGUAGCCGGCUGAAAAUGAGCCUGUAAACAACCGGCUGAUUUAGUCGACAGCAGGCGCUAUUGGAAAACACUGGUCACUCCUCUUUUCCUUCACUACUGCUCUCCUUCCUCUUACCAACCCCCUGUCUCUGACCCUCCUCUUAUUUUGUUCCUCUUUCAUCCUUAGUCCUCUCUCUCUCUCUCUCUAGCCACUCUUCUCUUUUCCUGCUCUACUGUUCUCUUCUCUCUCUAGUCCCUACCUCCCUCUUCCUCUGCAAUCCUGUUCUCUCCCUCUCACCCACCAGCCCGUCCCCUCUUCCUCUGUCCAUCCUGUUCUCCUCCCUCUCAAACCCACCAGCCCUCCCUCUCCCCCUGCAAUCCUGUUCUCUCCCUCUCAACCCACCAGCCCCUCCCUCUUCCUCUCUCACAUCCUGUUCUCUCCUCUCUCACCCUCACCAGCCCUCCCUCUCCCCCUGCAAUCCUGUUCUCUCCCUCUCAACCCACCAGCCCUCCCUCUUCCUCUGCAAUCCUGUUCUCUCCCUCUCAACCCACCAGCCCUCCCUCUCCCCCUGCAAUCCUGUUCUCUCCCUCUCAACCCACCAGCCCUCCCUCUUCCUCUGCAAUCCUGUUCUCUCCCUCUCAACCCACCAGCCCUCCCUCUUCCUCUGCAAUCCUGUUCUCUCCCUCUCAACCCACCAGCCCUCCCUUUUUCCCUGCCCUCCUAUUCUUUCCCCCUCUACCCCCCUUUACAUCUUUCUCUACCCUCCUAUUAUCUCCUUGGUGAUUCUCUCCUGGAGGUCACCACCACUACACUGUCUAUAAUCUACCAGGGGUAGAGACCCAGGCCUGAUCAAAGCUUUCCUGCUAGUCUAGGAAUCCUAGGAGUACCGACGCUAGUUCAAUGAAUGGACCGCAAGCAGAAGCACUCACGUCUGCCCUUUUCAGCUCACCCCAGCCCAGCAUUGAUAUUCACAUAUCGCCACCCAUUGCUUUUAGCGGUCCGUUUCAUCGGUUAUGAGUUUCUGAAGCCUCUUUCUUAGGUCCACAAUAGCCUCAGCUCAACCUACCUAAAAGCUUUAGAACUGUGGAAAUACACCUUUUCUGUGGUUUCCUCUGCAACUUCUCAGAGUUUGUGUAGAACUGCAAAAUAUUUUUUUCACCUUGCCCUCUAUUUCUCCCUCUCCAACUUUCUUUGCUACCUACCAAAACAGCCCUCCGAUACACAGCCCUCCGAUAAAUAGCGCGUUGUUGAACAGCCCUCCGAUAAACAGCCCUCCAACUUCCUCACAACGUCUUAAGCGUUCCCUCUGACCUACGUCUCUGAUUAGUUGUUUUUGCGGUUGUCUGCUGGGUGCAGUUCUGCGUCGUCUAGAUGCGCAAUCACAGGGACAGACACAUUAGCAGCUGCUAGAACCACGAUAAUAUGUCUAAUCAGGCCUUACCACACAGCAGGCCAUGUUAUUGCCUAAGUUCUCCUCCUGCCACUCAGGGCCAGUUGAGGCUCCAUCGCUCCCCAGGACAGACAGUCUGAUGGGGUAGAGUUGGCCCGGCACAGCCCCUCAGCCGCUGGCCCUGCUCUAAUCUCUGACUCCAGAGGUCUCUGGCUUUUCCCCCGAGAAGUGUGAGAAGAACAACAUCCGAGUUUACUGGCUGUGUUUGAAGAUUAAAAGUGAGGUGUUCGGUCAAUCACUAUGAAAAUGGGAAUCUAUGGCAUUUAAUAAAUACUCUUACUAACUUUUUAAAGGUAAACUUUCUGAAAGUUGAGUCCAAUCAUAAUGAUAGUCUGUUCUUUGCUCUAGUGAUGCUUCACAUCGAUAACGGUUAUCAUAAAUGAAGUGUAUGCCCUGUAGAUGAACCACUCAUAUGUGAUAUUGAGAAUUAUGAUGCAGUGACGAUGAUGAAGAUGUGUGUUUGUGUUCAGGCGGAGAUGGACAUCCAGAUAGCGCUGGAGCGGGAGGAGGACGUCCAGCGGUCGGCCAUGUUGGAGCAGGAGAGGAGAGACAGAGAGCUGGCCAUGAGGAUCGCCCAGAGCGAAGCAGAACUCAUCACCGACGAUGCCCAGGUGGACCCCAGCCUGCGCAGGUACACACACGGAUAUACACACUUAUCUGUCCCUCUAUAUGUUAGUAUGAUUAUAUUGUCAUGUCUCAAUAAACAAGCCCUAGAUUAGGUUUUUACUGGGCCUACCCAAGGUUGACUAAGCAGACAAGGUUGUUGUUUAACCCAGAAAUUGUUUAAUAGGAGCUGAAACGAUUCAAGAAGUCAAAUAAAAAUAGCUGUUGUAUUUCUUUAUUUAGGUCCAUAAGGAGACCACGCCUGUCCACUGCAUGCAUGUGGAACCUCUUUUCUCCUCCUCUCCCAGCAAUGGGGCUUUCUCAGGUCUCUAUCCAAACACAGUGAGAGCCAUGUAAGACAUUAGCCAUUAGCUUAGCCUCCUGCUUCCAGUAACCUAACACAACCCAGUAAUCCUUCAUCUCAACCUCAUCUAAUCUUUCAUCAACCUAGAUCCAUGAUUUUACCAGCCCAUGCAAAGCCAUCAUAAACAAUACGCUAGUUAUCUAAUUAUUCACAUUGGAUAGAACCCAAUAACACUGCAUUCAAUCCGCCGUUGUGUUCCCUGCCCGGGGCAUGAAUCAACAGGGCCAGGGGAUAAGCACGUCUGAUAAUUAGCCUGUCGCAAACAGAUGACCACUGUGUGCCAAAUCUAAACAGGAAUGUAUAACAGGACAUUCCAAUCAGCUUCUGCUGGUUCUUCUGUUGCCCCAGUCUAUUCAUACUGUAUCCUCUGUUUGCAGUGCUGGUGGACAUCAACAACUCAAGGCAUUCACAGUGUAUAUUCUCUGGCUUUUUUCAUAUAUUGUAUUUGUUCUUAUUGAUAUGGAAAACAUUGAUAUUCCAUUCCUAUUGUAUCUUCUCUGAUAGCUUUGCAUAAUUACUUGAACAAACACACAAAGCUCCUCCCCCUCUGUAAACUAAUCUACUACACAGUCGAGAUGUACUGUAGACCUAACUCCUAACCACCGUUGGUGACAGAACUUAAUAACUAGUUAGGACUCAAUCUUAACACUCCAGUAAUGAUAUCAGUAGCUACUACCGUUAUAGAAUAAAUCGGUUUAGUCAUAGUUGGAACAGAGUAGGCUCUGUCGUAACCGGCCGCGACCGGGAGACCCAUGGUGCGGCGCACAAUUGGCCCAGCGUCGUCCAGGGUAGGGGAGGGAAUGGCCGGCAGGGAUGUAGCUCAGUUGGUAGAGCAUGGUGUUUGCAACGCCAGGGUUGUGGGUUCGAUUCUCACGGGGGGCCAGUAUGAACAACCCCCCCCCCCCCCCCCCCCCCCCCCAAAAAAAAAUAUAUAAAAAAUAAUGUAUGCGCUCACUAACUGUAAGUCGCUCUGGAUAAGAGCGUCUGCUAAAUGACCAAAAAUGUAAAAUGUAAAAAAAAAUGAGUAGGAUUGUAUUUGGGUUUCCUGAACACCUGGCCUACAGGUACCUGUUCACCCGUCAGGUGACUUCUUCACGACUUGUCACUGAGGGAUACAGUUAAGCAGCUUCCACCGCUCACAGGUGUCAACAGGCCACAAGUGUCACAACAGUGUGUGACUGUCACAACACACGCUGACGUCAAUGUAUCGGAUGGCUGAACACACAGCUCUUUGUGGAAGCCACCCUGGUCUCCGUGACUAAUGGGGAUACAGAUACAGGUAACUGCCAAAAUAAGUGAAACACCAACAUAGUGUCUUAAUAUGGCGAACAGCUUCAAUGUGCCUUGUUAUAGAUUCUAGAAGUGUCUGGAACUCUUUUGGAGGGAUGCGACACCAUUCUUCCAAGAGAAAUUCUGUGUUUUGUUGAUGGUGGUGGAAAACGCUGUCUCAGGCGCCGCUCCAGAAUAUUCCAUAAGUGUUCUAUUGGGUUAAAAUCUGGUGACUGAGACACACAUAUACCCUUUAAACCCCCUAUGCUCCUUUGAGACCCCUCUUUCAAAGUGACUGAGAUCUCUUCUUCUAGCCAUGGUAGCCAAAAUAAUGGGCAACUGGGCAUGUUUAUACAUGACCCUAAGCAUGAUGGGAUGUUAAUUGCUUAUUUAACUCCACCAGUGUGGAAGCACCUGCUUGCAAUAGGUCGUUAUCAAUAAAACAUCACAAUACAUUCCAUUUGGCUGCUGGGGGACAAUGAGUCCCCCAGCUCCGCUAAACCUAUUGACAACUACGUUCUGUUAUUCAAGGAAUUGUUUAAUGUUAUAACUAUUUGAGUUUAUUAUCAUCACCUCUUGAAGAGCAUAGUCAGAUAUAUAUUUUUUAUUAUUCCAUGCAAAACAAUUGCACACAUUUAGCUCUAUCAUCAGAGUUAUACAGCAAGUAACUGCAUGCUUUUCAUGAUCAGUAAAUGUCAAUUGGUCAUGUAAUUUCAGAUACGUGAGGGUACCUAUCCAUUUGGCAUGUAGUUAGCUAAGCAACCAACAUAAUUUAGCUUGCUUCAUCAGAGAUUAGCUUUUUGGAAAGAGUUUGAUAGUCCUUGUCCUGGUAAAGUUGUCAGUUGGACUACUGUCAUCACCGCUAUAGAUGGCAAGCAAAUAGAGCCAUCUAGUUUAUCCCCUAAAAGUUAGCUUGUUACCUAGCCAUAUUGACGUGGUCUGUUAUUGGCUAGCUAGCAAAUUUAGCGUGGUCCAUCAAUCAAUGUAGCUUAUCAUGUCUGUCAGCAGCAAUCGUGAUUAAACACUCUUAAAAACAAUGUUGAACAGGGGAUAUUAGGUAACUUUGCUAGGUAGGCCUACAUUGGUUGGAGAUUAAGUACAUUAGGUCUACUUACCCACUAUGUUUAGCCAACUGUACAACGUUUAUACCGGUAGCUUGCAAAGUAGGCUUAACAUUAUCAGCUAACAGUACAUCUGCAAAUGGUCCCUUUUGCUGCAUGACAGGCAGAGCACACAAAGGAUGGGAAAUUAACCUAAACCACUCACACUUGUCAGGUAUAGUUAGUUCACUUUUAUUUUAAAUAUCAAAUUAUAUGGUGGUCAAUAUUAAGAGAUUGUGAGGCUAUCCUCACAUCUGAAAUUACAUGAUCACUUGAUGUUUACUGAUCAUGAAAAGCAUGCAGUUAGUUGCUGUAGAACUCUGAUGAUAGAGCUAAAUGUGCGCAAUUGUUAUGCAUGGAAUAAUCAGACGUGUGAUUCUGACUAUGCUCUUCAAGAGGUGAUGAUAUUACAACCAAAUAGUUCAUAUUUAUUUAACAAUCCCUUGAAAACGGCAUGUAGUUUUAGCGGAGCUGGGGAUCUCGUUGCCCCCCAGCAGCCAAAUCGAACGCUCUGCACCGUAUUGUGAUGUUUUAUUGACAACGACCUAUCCCUCAUUUACUCAAGUGUUUCCUUUAUUUUGGCAGUUACCUGUGUAUGAAUGUGUAUGAAUCAGAGAAAAUGAUUUAUCAUUCUGUUCAGUUAUUUUUGUAUACUGGUAUUAUUGUGUUUAUAGGGAGGAAAUUGCCCUGGAAAUGUUCUGUCUUGGUGGUAAUGGGGAUAUAUGGUUUGUUGCCGGAUCAACGAUCACCUGAAUCACUCAAAUUAAUCAAUCAAAUCAUUUCCGACAUUCAUUGUUUUGUUAGUUAUAAAAUAGUUAAAAAUCCUAGUGAGCAAUAGGAAAUGAAGACAUUUUUACCAAGGGUGUUAUCUUGUUAAGUGUAUUGAAUCUUGAAAUCAGUUUGUGUGUGUGUGUUUAUUUUGGGAUGAAAUCUGAUUGUGUGCAGCUGUGGUUUGACAACAGCUAACUUCCUUAAAGGCAUCAGAGUUGCUCGCCUCGUCUUUAGUAGGCACUAUUUUGUAAGCCCUAGUUAGCUCUUAAUCCCUCCAAUGUUGGCCAACGCACCUCAGAGUCUCUGUGUCUAUCUCACUCUCAAUCCCUGUUACCCCUGUCGCACUUUGAGGGGGUGACAUGUCAAUUAUCCAGCACUCAGCCCCAAAGGUCACACAAGCUGUCACCACCACACGCGCCACUGUCUCUCCCUGUCAUCUUUCUGUCACUCUGGUAUCUGCCCAGGCUGGCCCUCCUCCCAUGGGGGAGCUUAACGUCCGCUAUUGGAUUAGCCCCAGCAGACCCAAGGAUCCCUCUACAGCGGCCCAAAGCCUUGGCUCAUAGACACCCUUACAGACCCAUACAGACCUGGAGGGCCACCCGUAAAUAGGGGCCAAAUCCUGCCUGCCGGGUUAUUGAAUUAGAGGUCUCAGCAGAGCACUGCAGGAGGGCGGGGAAGGGCUGCAGACGGUGCUUACGUAAGCCCAGGAACACACUGAUUCAGGGUGGGUGGGUGGUAGGGCUGACCCCAAUUAGUUGACUGGUCGAUUGUUUGGUUGAUAGACUGUUGGCCGACUGAGAUAUUUUUUUGGUCGAGCAGUAGCAAAUAUAUUGUAUUUUAUUUUUUUUAAUUAAUAUUAUUAUAAAUUUUUUUUGCACACGCGACACCUGUCUUAUUUGCGCCCAUCUCUGUGAACUAAUCCAUUGCGGAGGCCGAGACUAAUCCAUUGUGGAGGCCGCGGGGAUGGCACCGUCCAAGAAGAAGGGGAGCGUGGCUAAGAUGCACAAUGCACGUCUCUCUCCAGAAUGCGCUCACGCAAAUUUGUGCACAUUCAUUGUUUCAUAACUUCAUUGAGUGAAUUGUUUGCGUUUGAUUGUUAGUCUAUCAAUUCCCCAUUACAGACAGUGCAUUUGGAAAGUAUUCAGACCCCUUGACUUUUUCCACAUUUUGUUACGUUACAGCCUUAUUCUAAAAUGGAUUCAAUAGAUUUUUUCCCUAAAUCAAUCUACACACAAUACCCCAUAAUGACAAAGCAAAAACAGGUUUGUAGAAAUUUUUGCAAAUUUUAAAUGUAUAAAAAACGGAAAUAUCAUAUUUACAUAAGUAUUCAGACCCUUUACUUAGUACUUUGUGAAGCACCUUUGGCAACGAUUACAACCUCGAGUCUUCUUGGGGAUGACGCUACAAACUUGGCACACCUGUAUUUGGGGAGUUUCUCCCAUUCUUCCCUGCAGAUCCUCUCAAGCUCUGUCAGGUUGGAUAGGGAGCGUCUAUUAUCAGGUGUCUCCAGAGAUGUUUGAUCGGGUUGAAGUCUGGGCUCUGGCUGGGCCACUCAAGGACAUUGAGACUUGUCCCGAAGCCACGCCUGCGUUGUCUUGGCUGUGUGCUUAGUGUGCUCUGGAGCAGGUUUUCAUCAAGGAUCUCUCUGUACUUUGCUCCGUUCAUAUUUGCCUCGAUCCUGACUAGUCUCCCAGUCCCUGCCGCUGAAAAACAUCCCUACAGCAUGAUGCUGCCACCACCAUGCGUCACCGUAGGGAUGGUGCCAGGUUUCCUCCAGACGUGACGCUUGGCAUUAAGGCCAAAUAGUUAAAUCUUGGUUUCAUCAGACCAGAGAAUCUCGUUUCUCAUGGUCUGAGAGACCUUUAGGUGCCUUUUGGCAAACUCCAAGUGAGCUGUCAUGUGCCUUUUACUGAGGAGUGGCUUCUGUCUAGCCACUCUACCAUAAAGGCCUGAUUGAUGGAGUGCUGCAGAGAUGGUUGUCCUUCUGGAAGGUUAUCCCAUCUCCACAGAGGAACUCUGGAGCUCUGUCAGAGUGACCAUCAGGUUCUUGGGCACCUCCCUGACCAAGACCCUUCUCCCCCGAUUGCUCAGUUUGGCCAUGCGGCCUACAAAUAGCCUACAGCUGUGUUUGUCCCGAGCUCACUGGUCGAAAGAACAUACUUUCGGUCUACCAAUAUAUUUUUGGGGUCGGGGACAGCCCUAGUGGAUGGUGACAAGGGAGUAGGGCACAUUCAUUUUUUUAUUUUUUUUAUUUUACCUUUUAUUUAACUAGGCAAGUCAGUUAAGAACAAAUUCUUAUUUACAAUGACGGCCUACACCGACCAAACCCGGACGACGCUGGGCCAAUUGUGCGCCGCCCUAUGGGACUCACAAUCACGGCAGGUUGUGAUACAGCCUGGAAUCGAACCAGGGGGUCUGUAGUGACGCCUCAAGCACUGAGAUGCAGUGCCUUAGACCACUGCGCCACUCGGGAGCCCAUGCAUGCAGUCCGGCUCCCCUACUGUCUGCUUCAUCCACCUCCUAGUGGGAGUGAUGGCAGACACAGAUUUCCCAGGUUUUGCCCCACUUAGCACUUGAUAACUUCUCUGUUACCAGUAGUUUAGUCUCUGAACAUCUGUUACCAGUAGUUUAGUCUCUGAACAUGACCACCACAGCACUAUGGUGCGCCAAUCCGAGCGGGGAUUCCGAGACGUCCCACUGCUCGGACCUGUCAGAUGUUGAAUUACGAUUAAAUUGACUCUCUCUCUUCUCUCCCUUGCUUGCCGAGACUGCAGGGGUUCACAGGUGCAGGCACUCAAAGCUGCUGGCGUGAAGAAGUACGACCUGAGCAAGUGGAAAUACGCCGAGCUGCGGGACGUCAUCAACACCUCGUGCGGUAAGACUUUACCCCCAACCCCUCUCACCACUACCUCUACCAAGGCCUGAAGCUCUACUAUCAGCAUGAUCACUACGCUACACUGAAAAAGCCCUAGGAAACACAGGCAAGGUGGUGAGCUCUCAGGGAGGUUCUUGAUCCUGCUCUGUGCACCUCCAUCUCUCACGCCAUCAUUAAUUCAGCCCCUCUGUUAAUAAUUUAACAUCGGCUGUGUUUUCAGUAACGCAAUCAUUUCAAAAGUGUGGUAUGUUUUUUUCCCGCCCCGCUCUAGAGUGUCCUGCCUAGGCGUGAUUUCUCCUAUAAUUUUCAGGGAUAAUCUAAGGGUAAUUUCGGGGAGAUUGCAGCUGGGCAAAACUGACAGGGGAAUUCUAUUUCGACCAGGGUAUAAAACUAAGGGCUGACGGGAGAGUGUACGCGCAGCUGUUAAUGAGGAUACAGUCCGGUGGCAGAGGAUAAAUGAUUACCAUUAUGGUGGAUUACAGUGUUUUGCCCUCUGUAGCAGUUUCAAUAGUAAAACAUGGAGGAGAGUCUACUGCCGCAGUCUGAAUCCACAUGUAAACAGAUGAAUAGGCCAGCUGGCAGUUAGGGAGCGCUCCGGACCAACAGUUCUGCUGAUUGCCUGAUUCAUUUAGUUGUGCUCAGUGUUCGUGGCUCUCAAGUCCCCUAUAUGAGUGGAUGGGAAGCUGGCUAAUUGUCUAAUGCAUUAAUUGUGAUGGAAAUUAAAUCUGGAGGGUUGUAACGACUUUGUUACAUUCUCCGUGGCCCUUUUGAAUUAUUUACACCCAUCCAGUUGCAGCUUUCUCUCCUUGCAUUUUCAGUGAGGAAAACUGAAUUGUGUGACCUAUGUCCACAACCCCCAAUUUUUAUGUGUUUUUCGUUUCCUGACCGGUGCAGAUUAAAACUUGAGUAUUACCUUAAAUAAUAUUAUAUGUGUACCUAGUGAUGGGCACCGAAAUGGAAAAUCUGUAUCGAUAUCAGUUGCAUUUUUCCAUAUCGAUAUCAUAUUGGUUUUAUAAAAAAUAUUUCAAACGACUGUAUGUGAGUGUAGACUUAUCUGUUCACUGUCCAUUGGGCCAAGUGUGAAUGUUCAAACUAUAUUGAUAUCAAAUUAUUGAUAUUGGUGCCCACCACCCAACAUUUUAUUGGUAAAGGAGGUAUAGAAAAUACACCACAUUUGUUUCACAGAAAUUACACAGAACAAAAAUAUAAUCGCAACAUGCAACAAUUUCAAAGAUUUUACUGAGUUACAGUUCAUAUAAGGAAAUUAGUCAAUUGAAAUACAUUCAUUAGGCCCUAAUCUAUUGUUAUUCAAAUGACUGGGAAUGCAGAUAUGCAUCUGUUGGUCAGAUACCUGGUAGGGGCGUGGAUCAGAAAACCAGUCAGUAUCUGGUGUGACAACCAUUUGCCUCAUGCAGCGCGACACAUCUCCUUCGCAUAGAGUUUAUCAGACUGUUGAUUGUGGCCUAUGGAAUGUUGUCCCGCUCCUCUUCAAUGGCUAUGGGAAGUUGCUGGAUAAUGGCGGGAACUGGAACACGCUGUCAUACGCAUCGAUCCAGAGCAUCCCAAACAUGCUCAAUGCAUGACGUCUGGUGAGUGGAAGAUGCAGGCCAUGGAAGAACUGGGACCUUGCGACAUGGGGCCGUGCAUUAUCAUGCUGAAACAUGAGGUGAUGGCGGCAGAUGAAUGGCACCACAAUGGGCCUCAGGAUCUUGUCACGGUAUCUCUGUGCAUUCAAAUUGCCAUAGAUCAAAUGCAAUUGUGUUCGUUGUCCGUAGCUUGUGCCUGCCCAUACCAUAACCCCACCGCCACCAUGGGGCACUCUGUUCACAACAUUGACACCAAAUAAACACUCGCCCACACGACACCAUACCAUCUGCCCGGUACAGUUGAAACUGUGAUUCAUCUGUGAAGAGCACACUUCUCCAGCAUUCCAAUGAAGGUGAGCAUUUGCCCACUGACGCCGAACUGCAGUCAGGUCAAGACCCUGGUGAGGACGACGAGCAUGCAGAUGAGCUUCCCUGAGAUGGUUUCUGACAGUUUGUGCAGAAAGUCUUCGGUUGUGCAAACCCACAGUUUAAUCAGCUGUCCGGGUAGCUGGUCUCAGACUAUCUCGCAGGUGAAGAAGCCGGAUGUGGCGGUCCUGGGCUGGCAUGGUUACACGUGGUCUGCGGUUGUGAAGCCUGUUGGAUGUAUUGCCCAAUUUUUUAAAAUUUUCUAAAACGACGUUUGAGGCGGCUUAUGGUAGAGAAAUGAACAUUCAAUUAUUUGGCAACAGCUCUGGUGGACAUUCCUGCAGUCAGCAUGCCAAUUGCAUGCUCCAUCAACCUGAGGCAUUGCAUUGUGUUGACAAAACUGCACAUUUUAGACUGGCCUUUUAUUGUACCCAGCACAAGGUGCACCUGUGUAAUGACUAUGCUGUUUAAUCAGCUUCUUGAUACGCCACACCUGUCAGGUGGAUGGAUUAUCUUGGCAAAGGAGAAAUGCUCACUAACAGGGAUGUAAACAAAUUUGUGCACACAAUUUAAGAGAAAUAAGCUUUUUGUGUGUAAGGAAAAUGUAUGGGAUCUUUUAUUUCAGCUCAUGAAACAUGGGACCAACACUUUACAUGUUGCGUUUAUAUUUUUGUUCAGUAGAUAUUUUAUUGGUAUAGGAGGUAUAGGAAAUACUCCACAUUUGUUUCACAGAAAUUACAUUACUGGAAAGGGAAAGGAAAAGGGGGAGACCUAGUCAGAUGUACAACUGAAUGCAUUCAACUGAAAUGUGUCUUCCCCAUUUAACCCAAGCCCUCCGAAUCAGAGAGGUGCGGGGGGCUGCCUUAAUCGACAUCCACGUCAUAGGUGCCCGGGGAACAGUGGGUUAACUGCCUUGAUCAAGGACAGAACGACAGAUUUUUACCUUGUUAGCUUGGGGAUUCGAUCCAGCUACCUUUCGGUUACUGAGGCAUAAUAGAGAAGAGCCUACUCCUAUAACCUUAAGCACAUUUCAUUUACAGUUGAAGUAAAAUGUUUACAUACAGUGGGGGAAAAAAAGUAUUUAGUCAGCCACCAAUUGUGCAAGUUCUCCCACUUAAAAAGAUGAGAGAGGCCUGUAAUUUUCAUCAUAGGUACACGUCAACUAUGACAGACAAAAUGAGAAAACAAAAUCCAGAAAAUCACAUUGUAGGAUUUUUAAUGAAUUUAUUUGCAAAUGAUGGUGAAAAAUAAGUAUUUGGUCAAUAACAAAAGUUUCUCAAUACUUUGUUAUAUACCCUUUGUUGGCAAUGACACAGGUCAAACGUUUUCUGUAAGUCUUCAAAAGGUUUUCACACACUGUUGCUGGUAUUUUGGCCCAUUCCUCCAUGCAGAUCUCCUCUAGAGCAGUGAUGUUUUGGGGCUGUCGCUGGGCAACACAGACUUUCAACUCCCUCCAAAGAUUUUCUAUGGGGUUGAGAUCUGGAGACUGGCUAGGCCACUCCAGGACCUUGAAAUGCUUCUUACGAAGCCACUCCUUCGUUGCCCGGGCGGUGUGUUUGGGAUCAUUGUCAUGCUGAAAGACCCAGCCACGUUUCCUCUUCAAUGCCCUUGCUGAUGGAAGGAGGUUUUCACUCAAAAUCUCACGAUACAUGGCCCCAUUCAUUCUUUCCUUUACACGGAUCAGUCGUCCUGGUCCCUUUGCAGAAAAACAGCCCCAAAGCAUGAUGUUUCCACCCCCAUGCUUCACAGUAGGUAUGGUGUUCUUUGGAUGCAACUCAGUAUUCUUUGUCCUCCAAACACGACGAGUUGAGUUUUUACCAAAAAGUUCUAUUUUGGUUUCAUCUGACCAUAUGACAUUCUCCCAAUCCUCUUCUGGAUCAUCCAAAUGCACUCUAGCAAACUUCAGACGGGCCUGGACAUGUACUGGCUUAAGCAGGGGGACACGUCUGGCACUGCAGGAUUUGAGUCCCUGGCGGCGUAGUGUGUUACUGAUGGUAGGGUUUGUUACUUUGGUCCCAGCUCUCUGCAGGUCAUUCACUAGGUCACCCCGUGUGGUUCUGGGAUUUUUGUGAUCAUUUUGACCCCACGGGGUGAGAUCUUGCGUGGAGCCCCAGAUUGAGGGAGAUUAUCAGUGGUCUUGUAUGUCUUCCAUUUCCUAAUAAUUGCUCCCACAGUUGAUUUCUUCAAACCAAGCUGCUUACCUAUUGCAGAUUCAGUCUUCCCAGCCUGGUGCAGGUCUACAAUUUUGUUUCUGGUGUCCUUUGACAGCUCUUUGGUCUUGGCCAUAGUGGAGUUUGGAGUGUGACUGUUUGAGGUUGUGGACAGGUGUCUUUUAUACUGAUAACAAGUUCAAACAGGUGCCAUUAAUACAGGUAACGAGUGGAGGACAGAGGAGCCUCUUAAAGAAGAAGUUACAGGUCUGUGAGAGCCAGAAAUCUUGCUUGUUUGUAGGUGACCAAAUACUUAUUUUCCACCAUAAUUUGCAAAUAAAUUCAUUAAAAAUCCUACAAUGUGAUUUUCUGGAUUUUUUUCUCUCAAUUUGUCUGUCAUAGUUGAAGUGUACCUAUGAUGAAAAUUACAGGCCUCUCUCAUCUUUUUAAGCAGGAGAACUUGCACAAUUGGUGGCUGACUAAAUACUUUUUUUCCCCACUGUACACCUUAGCCAAAUACAUUUAAACUCAGUUUUUGACAAUUCCUGACAUUUAAUCCUAGUUAAAAUCCCCUGUCUUAGGUCAGUUAGGAUCCCCACUUUAUUUUAAGAAUGUGAAAUGUCAGAAUAAUAGUAGAGAAUGAUUUAUUUUAGCUUUUAUUUCUUUCAUCACAUUCCCAGUGGUUCAGAAGUUUACAUACACUCAAUUCGUAUUUGAUAGCAUUGCCUUUAAAUUGUUUAACUUGGGUCAAACGUUUCGGGUAACCUUUCACAAGCUUCCCACAAUAAGUUGGGUGAAUUUUGGCCCAUUCCUCCUGACAGAGCUCGUGUAACUGAGUCAGGUUUGUAGGCCUCCUUGCUCGCACACGCCUUUUCAGUUCUGCCCACACAUUUUCUAUAGGAUUGAGGUCAGGGCUUUGUGAUGGCCACUCCAAUACCUUGACUUUGUUGUCCUUAAGCCAUUUUGCCAAGUAUGCUUGGGGUCAUUGUCCAUUUGGUAGAUCCAUUUGCGACCAAGCUUUAACUUCCUGACUGAUGUCUUGAGAUGUAGCUUCAAUAUAUCCACAUAAUUUUCCUUCCUCAUGAUGCCAUCUAUUUUGUGAAGUGCACCAAUCCCUCCUGCAGCAAAGCACCCCCACAGCAUGAUGCUGCCACUCCCGUGCUUCACGGUUGGGAUGGUGCAACCCCCUUUUUCCUCAAACAUAACGAUGGUCAUAAUGGGCAAACAGUUCUAUUUUUGUUUCAUCAGACCAGAGGACAUUUCUCCAAAAAGUACAAUCUUUGUUCCCAUGUGUAGUUGCAAACCGUAGUCUGUCUUUUUUUGGCUGUUUUGGAGCAGUGGCUUCUUCCUUGCUGAGCGGCCUUUCAGGUUUUGUCGAUAUAGGACUCGUUUUACUGUGGAUAUAGAUACUUUUGUACCUGUUUCCUCCAGCAUCUUUACAAGGUCCUUUGCUGUUGUUCUGGGAUUGAUUUGCACUUUUCGCACCAAAGUACGUUAAUCUCUAGGAGACAGAACGCGUCUCCUUCCUGAGCGGUAUGACGGCUGCGUGGUCCCAUGGUGUUUAUACGUUUGUACAGAUGAACGUGGUACCUUCAGGCGUUUGGAAAUUGCUCCCAAGGAUGAACUAGACUUGUGGAGGUUUACAAAAAAAAAAUCUGAGGUCUUGGCUGAUUUUAUUUUUUAUUUUCCCAUGAUGUCAAGCAAAGAGGCACUGAGUUUGAAGGUAGGCCUUGAAAGACAUCCACAGGUACACCUCCAAUUGACUCAACAUUUUCUAAGCUGUUUAAAGGCACAGUCAACUUAGUAUAUGUAAACUUCUGACCCACUGGAAUUGUGAUACAGUGAAUUAUAAGUGAAAUAAUCUGUCUGUAAACAAUUGUUGAAAAAAGUACUUGUGUCAUGCACAAAGUAGAUGUCCUAACCGACUUGCCAAAACUAUAGUUUGUUAACAAGAAAUUUGUGGAGAGGUUGAAAAACUGUAUGUUAUCUUCUGACUUCAACUUUACUGUUGUCAUCCCUGUGUAGAUAUUGAGCUGCUGGCGGCAUGCAGGGAGGAGUUCCAUCGCCGUCUGAAGGUCUACCACGCCUGGAAAUCCAAGAACAAGAAACGCGACACAGCUGCAGAGCAGAGGGCCCCCAAAUCUAUCACUGACUACGGUGAGUGAGAUUCCCCAUCCUGGGAUGUUGUGCUGCCCUCCUCAACCCAGGAUUGUGUUCAGACAUUAACGCGUUCUGGCUUAACCCCGCUAUCACUAUUUGUGUCCAUUAUCGACUCCACGUUUUCUACAGUAGCAUCCUUUUUUCAUCAGUUUCUUUCAUUCAUCAGUUUUUUCUUUCUGUGACCAUGUCUGACCUUGGAAGUUGUUACAUCCACACAGAGCACCUCUUUUGCUAGAACGGUACUCAUUUGAAUACUUGACAAUAGUGUUGCACAAUAUACCGAAACUUCGCUACUUUUUCAAUACUAGAACAUGAAAAACUAUACUUUUGUCAAAUGUGUCUCACGGAUCAAGUUUGUCUACCAGCGCAGCCGAUGUCCUCCUUAUAGGGCGAAAAGCACCGUGCCUGCUCCACCUAGCAUGCACUGGGAGUCUGGGCUACAUCAUGUUAGCGCUGCACUCACGCUGCACAUAAGUUAACACGGCAUGUAGAACUGUUGAAACUUUUCAUUGCAGUUGGCAAAACAAUGCAAGAAAAUACCGUUAGCUUCCAGCUUUGUAGGCUAACUUUCCUUACUUGAACAUCAAUUCACUACCCUAGUACUUUGUUUGUGAUAAUAUGCAAACCAUAAUGCAAAAAAUAUGCUGAUUUCAAAGCUGAUUGCCACCAAAACUUUAUUAAUUCACUUAAUCGGUCUCUAUCACGACUCUUCCAAAGAUAUCUAUUGAACUGACUGUGUGUGUGAAUAGGGCCCUGACGGGGAGGCCUCCUCUGGCCUCGUGAAUGACGUCCUUACAGGUUAAAGAGACAGUGCACACUUUUAUAAAAAUAAGCUACUUCUAUGCAAAUGUUGAUCAGUACAAUAAGUCCCAAAUGGAAGGGAAACAGAUUGUUUGUCAUCUGUAGCCCCAUGAAAUCAGCCAAAACAAGCUCAAUAACUCAAUGCAUGCACAGACUCCUAUUGAAUAUGCAUUCACCUGAACUGUGUAUAGGCCUUGAUUUACCCAGUUUAUCAAUAGAGAUUUACCAUUCAAAUAAAUGAUUACUGUUAUGUAGUUAGAUUGGUAAAAACAAAGUCAAAUUGAUUGUAAAGUUGAUUGAUUAAUGCAUACAUUGCUGUCUCUAAAACAUGUUGAUGUAACCUUUUUCAAAUGUAAUGAUAUUGAACUCAAAAGAUGCCCAACGAUUGAACAGAGUAAGAGGUGAUUUUAUCUGUCUGGAUCAAGUGCCAUUCUGUAACUUUGGUUAAUAUGCCUUCUUUUUUUUGCCGUGGUAUCAUUUCAGUGUCAGUUUGGUAUCGAGUAUCAUGAUGGUAUCCAGUAUCGUGAUACUAAAACUGUAUCGGUAUCGAAGUCAAAAUUCUGGUAUCGUGACAACACUACUUGACAAUGUACCUGGCAAGCUUUUCAAAAGGGAAAAAGUCACACAUUUGCAUUCCUGUCGUAUUAACAUGGAAUAGAAGCAAGAAAAAGCAGCAACUCUCCAGUGAGCCAAGACGGUAAAAACUGGUAUGGCUCCAUCGUCUCUUUACAUUUACAUUCCUUAAAGAGGUAGGGUUUCAAGUGACUCCGCUGUCCUGGCGUCUCUUCUCCUCAUGAUGAUGGAGGAGGAUUAAUGCACACUUUAUAAAUAGCCCGCCUGUUCUUUUCGGACAUUCAAUUAGUAUUCUAAAAAGCCCGGCUCCAAAACCUAGCUCCUGUCCGUGUCAAAAGUAUUUAGUGGUGCGUUACCAUGACCACCUGCUCCAACCAGCCAAGCAUGAUGUAUUCACCUCAGACCCAGAAAACGGGCAGUUGGAAAACACACGUUUAAAGUAAAUGUAUUAUUUACGCACAUGAAAGCUACGGUCUCCUUUGUUUGCUCUUCAUUUAUUUUUCAUCCCAAGAACAGACAGAUUUAGUUGCUUUCCCUGUAUUUUCAUCUGUCUCUAUUGAUGUGAAAGCUUUCUAGAAGGUCCCAUUUAGUUUGCCUUGGCUUCAGGAAGCAAGUUUUUGAAAGUAUGCCUUGUAAGCAGCUUACCUGGCUUCCCCCCAUGGCAUGUGUUUGUGUAUUUUAUACCGUCUUUGAUAUCUCAUAUUUUCAGAGUUUCAUAUUUUCGCUUACUUCCACCUCCCUAUGAUUCACCCCUUCAACUCAGUCAUGCUCUUAACUUCAGAGAGGAAAUUGCUUUAAACAUUAAUGGACUCUUCUCUGUAUAAACAUUUUACAAUUUAGUUAUUCAGCAGACACUCUUAUUCAGAGCGAGUGCAUACAUUUUCAAACUUUUUUUCCAUACUGGUCCCCCAUGGGAAUCGAACCCACAAACCUGGCUUUGCAAGCGCCAUGCUCUACCAACUGAGCUACACAGGACGAACACAGGAUUGCUCCUCUUACGAAACAAAAACACCCCUAAUUCCAAAUGUAAUCACAUGAUAUCAUAGUCUGGCAGUAUAAUGACAUGAAACCUGCCACACACAGCCCAACAGAACCCGGCCAUGGUCACCCAGCAGCAGGAGAUAGCCAUGAACCGCCAGCAGCGAUACUUCCGCAUCCCCUUCAUCCGGCCCGGGGACCAGUACAAAGACCCCCAGAACAAGAAGAAGGGCUGGUGGUACGCCCACUUUGACGGGCCCUGGAUCGCCAGGCAGAUGGAACUGCACCCAGACAAGCAGCCCAUCCUGCUGGUGGCAGGUGGGUCCCUCCAGCUGGAUCAGCUUUGAUAUCUUCUGGAUAUGUACAUUGAUGUGUUUGUAAUAUGAAACUCUAAGCGCAGUAUGUAAUAGUGCAUGUUUUAGUUAUUACAUUUAGUUGGUCAGUAAUUAUGAGUGUGUCAGGUAGAUGGUUUUGUACACCUGUAUCCUGAAAAUAUCCCUGUGUGUGCAUUCUCCCUACCCUAUUAAAUCCUGUUUUGACUGUCAGUCUCUCUCUCUCAUCCAUCCAUCUAUCCAUCCAUGUAUCUAUCCUCAGGGAAAGACGACAUGGAGAUGUGUGAGCUAAGCCUGGAAGAGACGGGCCUGACCCGGAAGAGGGGGGCUGAGAUCCUGCCUCGGCAGUUUGAGGAGAUCUGGGAACGCUGCGACGGGAUCACGUACCUGCGAAACGCCAUCGAAAGCAAGCAGGCCAGGCCCACGUAUGCCACAGCCAUGCUGCAGAACCUCCUCCAGUGA